ACAGUCGCUGCGCUCCUGUCUCCGUCAGUGCCGAAGGUACCUCCGUGCGUAAAGCCUCGGAUCACCAAACGGAAACCGCGCAGUUUCGAUCACUCCUGCACUUCUCUCAAGACCCAGACUGAAGAAAAGGUCUUCGAGAUCCUCGCUUAAAACCGGAGAGACUUUUACUGACUAAAAGUCAUUAUUUUUCUUGUAUUGUGCGUGUUGUUGGCUCCGACUUGGACAGUUUUCCCACUUAGCCACAGCCUGUGCUGAUGCCCAGCACUGGAGCUGCAACAACAACUCGUUUCAUUUAUAAAAAGUAAACAAUGUGAGAAGCAAAUGUAGGAUACUGUGGGAGAUCACCGUGGGUGCACUUGGAUUUAACAGCCGGUGCCUGUCCAAACAAGGCUUUAAACUUAUGGCGUGAAGGUAAGACUUUUAAUUUUCUUCAGAUGUGCUGUGACAAGGUAAUUGGCAGUAAAAAAAAAAAUACUAUGUGUAGUUUCAGUCUGUUUAAGUCCUUAAGUGAUGUGCCAAAGUGUAAAACAUCACCAUUCAGCAAGGAUAGGUGGACUAGAAGGUUAACUAAUACGAGAUACAGGGAGAUACAAAGAGAUUUAUUGGCUGUAAUUCCAGAGAUAAUAACUCUCAAUGUGAAUUUGCAGUGGCUGUUGGCUGACCAUUCAUGCUCAGCAUUCACCAAAUAUUUUCCCAUUUCAAAAUAAACACCAAGAGUCUGGCUGCGAUGUAGGGAGCCGCGCGUCUUAGCGCACGAACUCUGCAUAUGCCACAAACACAGCUUUGCAUCACUGGGAGGGUUUGUGCUCACGUCGAUUGUUUGCAGAAGAAUAUUGAUCCGGGAUUAUCUUCGAUGUAAAACGACCAAAUGCAAACAUUUACCCUGUCUCGUAGUCCAGUCCAGAGAAGUCCUGUGUGGCGUAAUCUCUGAGUUGUGGCAGUGUGCCUGUGUCAAGCUGUUUCUCCCAACCCACGGAGCGCUGAUUUUAGACCUGUUUGUGCUUUUCGGUUUGUGAGUAGUACCCGGCUCUCCGGAGGUAGCGCACGCUCCACACGGAUCUGCGUACAGGGCAGGUGAUGGCAGUUUCAGGCUGCACAGCCCGUCCUGUACACGGCUUUGACAAGUUCAAGACAGCAGAAAAUUCAAGUCAAGAGAGGAAAAUGAGUUUUUCUGUUUGCAGCUGAUGCAUGUGGCUCUAGUGUAAGUGUGGCACUCAAGAGAGUCAAUAGGAACCUAUCUGUGAUCUUAUUCAGCUAUUCUGUAUUUAUGUUUACCACUCAUCCCUUUAACUCUGGGCUGCAAAUCCACAGAUUUGAAGUGUUUUCCAUCACUUCUUGGAUGUGUGUACAGUAAUUUAAAAGAGAAGUUUGUCAUUUUACAAACAAUACAUGACAGAGUAAAGCAGAAAUGAUAAUGCUGAUGCAGUUGAUACUCUGCUGUAUGAUUGUAUGAGUCAGAAAAUACUGACAGAAAGAAUUAAGGUAUAGGGGGAACAAACUGUGCUAUAUUUUGCAAAAUGUUCCCAAACCCUCCAUAGCAUCUUAUACCUCUGCCUACCUUAAACUACAUGACAGCUGCUUGCUAAAUGAUUUCUUCCCACAUAUUGAGUACUGUCAGGUUAUAUUUGACAAGAAAAAUUAGUUAUGUCAACUCUUAGAGAAGAAGCUCAUAUUGAAUGCUAUAGGAUAAUAGAAAAAAUAGGACAGCUAAUCCAGAGGGAAAGCUUAUUUAGAUAAAUACAAAGGAAUCUGCAAAGAUGGAUGUGUGUUGUUGCUUUCUAUCCACUGACAAUCUUCAGACACAUUGUUAAUCCAUAUGGAUUCUACAGCUUCCCGUCCCUGAUCAGUCACACCACAUCACGAGGAAAGCAGCUGCCUGAUGCCGCACUUGUCAACUCUAGCUGUUUGAGACAGACAGCUUUAUUAAAUCAAAUCUCCAGGAUGCCCCCAAAUGAAAAUGAUAUUUCUCUGAAGAUAGAUUUCUGGAAAUAAUAUCAGAAAAUGACAAUCCUCACAAGGAUGCCACAGCAUGCCCAGAGGGAAUCUGCUAUCCUGUUAGUUUGUCAAAGCUGAGCUUACAUGAGGAUUAUACACACUGAGGUGAUCCUAAACAGAAUCAGGCACAUUAUUAGCCCAAUAAUUACAGGGUUUAGGGCCAGAUCACUGGAUGCAGCUGGUCAGUCAGUGGUGACAUUUGGAUUCACCACGCAGCUCCCAAGAGGGAUGACAAAAUCAACAGCGUGAAGCUGCCUGUGCAUAUUAAACCCGGCUACAAACCAGAACUAAUGUUGGUUGACGUGGCUCUGAUGCCCAGCCUGUGAAAUCACAAUCUCAUUUAUGACACAGAAGCAUCUGAAAGCCAUAUGAGGUCCUGACCUCUGAUAAGACCAGCAGCAGGAGAAUUUGGUCAGUUAGCCACCAAAACCAUGUUGUAGGACUACCAUCACUAUUAAAGUUUGACACCUAAACCACUUCUUUAUGAAAUAAGAGGAGAUAAUGUCUGUAGAUAAAGCUUUGUGAGAAGUUUGUAUUUUGAGGAAGUGAAACCAAACAGAAGUCUCUACUGGAGGUCAAGAUGAUUUUAUUGAUUGCAAAGUGACCAGCUCAUGCACCUUGGCAACAGUAUGGCAACAGUAUUGUCAGCCUUCUUUCAAGUCCGAGUGACAUUAAACCUGAAAUUUUCAUUGGCUGCAAUGUCUAAACAUGAGUGUCUUCUUGUUGCUUUCUUAACAUAUGAAUGAAUAAACAGCAGCACACGUGUGGUCCUCUUUGUAAGUUUUCUGCUGGCUUUUUCUGACAUGGUCAGUCAGUCCUGGUGAAGUCUUUGCACUCUGAGUCCGAUUCAAUUAUGUUGCUACUUAGUACAAAGAAAACAAAAAUAAAAAUUUGUCUUUGGAGUCGUAAAGCAGGAAAUAAGAGGAGAUAAUGUCUGUGGAUAAAGCUUUGAGAGAAGUUUGUAUUUUGAGGAAGUGAAACCAUACAGAAGUCUCUACUGGAGGUCAAGAUGAUUUUGUUGAUUGCAAAGUGACUAGCUCAUGCACCUUGGCAACAGUAUUGCAACAGUAUUGUCAGCCUUCUUGCAAGUCUGAGUGACAUUAAAACUUAAAUUUUCAUUGGCUGCAAAGUCUAAACAUGAGUGUAUUCUUGUUGCUUCAAUUAUGUUGCUACUCAGUACAAAGAAAACGAAAAUAAAAAUUUGUCUUUGGAGUCGUAAAGCAGGGAUUUUGUUGUUGAGUCACUCAUUUAAAAAUAAGGAAAUAUCAUGACAGGGUCAGCGUUAACUUUACCGAUCGCUUCCAAGUAUAUUUUAGGACUAAAGUGGGUCAGAUAGCCAUGCUUCUAGCAAUACUGGAUCCACAUAUUAUGGAGGACCACCAAACUCCAUUCUGUGGUUGCUUCAGGUCUGUUUUUCUCAGUGUGGCUGAUAUCUAUUUCACUCAGCUCCUCGUGUGCUUUUACAUCCCUCUCUUAUUUCUGUGCUGAUUUCCUCCUCUCAUCUUCCUGUUUCUACUGUGGACUAGUCAGCCAAUGAUCAAAAAUCAAAAGUUUUGUGCUACCCAAAUAAAAGUAAUCUUAACAAAAAAGAAGGAAACAUUCUAUUUUGUUCAGCUUGCUCAUUUAAAGAGUGAACAAAAGAAAACAGCAACCUUGUUUUUAUCACAGGCAGACGAUUUUUGAGAAAGUUGAGUUAAAAUUUCUAUUAAAGUUGGAUGUUUUUAUGAUUUCUAAACUCUGUUUUCGUGCUCAAAGUUUAAACAAGGCAGAUAUAUUUGAGCUUUAAAUCUGACUAAUCAGGGAGGAUUAGGAGUCCUUUUUAAAUUAGAGAAUAGUGUUAGUUCAGGAAGAUAAGACACAUGGUUCGCAGAAACAGAAAACCCCGCAUGGAAGCUUUAAAAUAAGAAUGUUUAUUUAUAGAGAUGUGCACAUCCCUUUAUCUGUUAAUCCCUAAUUAUCAGCAUUACUUUUUAAAUUAACUUUUAAUGUGGGCUUCAGUUUGAAAAAGCUUUACCCAAAGCUUAAACUUCUAUCAGAUUCAGCCAUGCUAGCAUAAGUUUGCAAAGGUUUAUUCAUGUUUUGUGGGCGUUUACACCCAUUGUUACACGACGAAAAGCAAUUCAUGCUAAAACACACGGAUAUGAUCAUUGCCUGAUGUGGACAGUCUUCAUGACAAGUUUCAACCUUGCAGACUUUCCACAUAACUUGUUAUUUCUGGCGCUUUACAAAAAGUCAAGCUCCCUAAAUGUCAACACCCACAAACACUGGAAUACACAUAUAAAACUCCUCUUAUAGCAGAUCCACGAUGCCAAAAAAUAGUGGAUGUGUCAUAAAAUUGUGACAAUUUAAGCCAAAAAAAUAAAGCUCAGAUGGAGCAAUGUUUGGACCAGAAUGAGCAGAAAAAGCAGACAAACGGACAGUGGAGCUGCGGUGACCUUUGCGUGUGGUUCUGUCAGAAACAAAAGUGAGGUUGGACAAAGUAAAAAUAGUUUACCUUUCCAGCCAAGGCCUGAAAACCACCACGAGGCUUAAAAUGGCCUUUAUAAUGGAGACACUCUGAAUAUAGACUGCUUUCAUUAUCAGAAGGACCAUCUUUGUCAUUUAGUUGUCAGUCCACCAGCGCAGUAACGCCUUCAUCGCUUCUCCUCACGCAUUUGUGCUCCAGGGGCCUGCGAUGCUUUGCCAAGUAAAUCUUUAAUUUUAUCAUAUAUAUACAUAUAAAUGAAUGUUGCUUUGCUUACAUCCUAUCUUUCCCUCUCCUGGAGCCCAUUCCCUUACAUGUGCAAUGCUUCAGCACCCAGGAGACCUCCACCAUGACUGAAAGGUUGGAGGAGCCAAUUAGGUCCAGAAUUCAAUAUUAGAUCCAUCAAGAUCUGGUUAUGCUCCAGGUUACAGUUAUAUGCUGACAAAGGUAUGUCAGCUGGCUGGUGUGUUUGUACAUUAGUGGUGUGUUUACGUUACAUAUCGAUUCAUGUCCUGUAUACAGCAGUGCAGGAGCGAGAACCCUUACUUAGCACUUUGAUCCGCAAAUUAGAUUGUAUUGUGUAUUUUUCCACGUAUUUAUUAGAAACCAUAAAGAGCACAAGAGUCAAUUAGUAGAAAUAUCUCUUUUUUUGUAAGGGAUAGAUGAAAUAAGUGAGAAGAAGACGUCUUUGUGGUUAGAAAGCAGUCUGUUGGCCUUGAUCUUCUGAAGCAUGAACAUCAACCAGACAAGACAGACCGCAUAUAGAGGACCAUGAAUCUUCCUAUGGCUUACUCUCCUUAGAACUUGACACAAUCUUCCCUUAAGAGAUGUGGAGGUGCGUUCACUACUGUUAGGUUACACUGUCAGAAGCUGUCAGGUGAUUUGCUGUACACGUUUGUAUUGUAUGUGUUCAUAAACACACACACAUGCUUCAUGAAUGUCAUUGGACAGAGCGUCCUAAUUGGCCGUUCCUCCUACAGAGCCUCCCCAGCCUAAAGAUAACCUUUUGAACGUAACAGCAAACAAUGUGGAUCGGUGCAGAGACAGACGAUGUGUAGAGGUUGACAGAGCGUCUAUGAGAAGUACAGCUGAGGAGGAAGGAUUAAUAGAAAAGGGAAAGAGACAGAGAGAGAGAGAGAGAGAGAAUGAUCUCACAGGAGGAGAUAAAUUUCCUCCCAAUUAUCUAGCUCUGCACUGUCUUUGGUCUGGAACAGGACGUGGAUGUGGAUGUGGAUGUGUGGACCAUUCAAGAGGAUCUCCCUGUAGACUCUAAAUUAGCAGCACUAUUUCAAGAUCAUUCAGACUCCAGCAGAUGGUGCCUGUCACACACACACACACACACACAGACACACACACGCACACACACACACACACCCUCAAGGUGUGGAAUGAAAAAUGAAUAACACCACUCAAUUAGAAGCUCUUCUUUUGGCACUGAUUAUAGUUACUAGUACAAAGGGUUAAAAAUUAAAAGAGCAGAGUGAGAAAAAGAGAGGCGAUGACAAGUUCAUCACUUUAUUUGCCAACCUCUUAUGUCAAGUGCUAAAUAAAAGCAUUGGAUAAACUUCACAGCCUUUAAGUGGCAGCCAACUUGACAUUUUCUUCAAGAGUCGAGCUGAACAAAGCGAGCAUGGAUCCUGCUGUCUGUAUGACCUUUGGCUCUUUGCUUUGAUAAAUUAUUCUCCAGUCAAACGCUUUCAGCCGAGGCUUAUCACUUAAGAUUCCAAAGCCUAUGAAAGAAACACAGCAUCAAUUGACUUGUGCUUUUUGAUGGGUUUCUCAUUGUGGAAAACAGACAAUGAGCUGAAAAAAUGCUUUUGCAGCUUCACUCAUCUUGUCCUUUUGGUCCUGUGGUCGCUGUGUGAGUGCUUGCUGCUGAUUCCUACCAACCCCCUUCCUAUCACGAUCAACGCCAUAAUAAAAGACAGCCAUUUCAGGCAGACCACCUCAGAUAAGCAAACAGUACACUUCCUGCCCAGCAUGAGAUGGCAGAGAAAUAAGGAGAACUGAAGGCUGGUGAAGGAGGUCAACAAGCAUUGAGUAUCUUGGGAUGAUUUUUGAGAAAUUAAAAGUUGAAGCAGAGGUGGAAAUCGGUAAAAUGGAAUCAUGGGGAUUUUUUGACAUUUUUGUGAGGAUGUCCAAUCGGUGUUGUUGCCGAAUGUUGUCAAUAGGUCGUCUUUGGUGCGACAUACACCGUAUGAUUUUGUGAAUUUUGUGUUGUGUUAGAAUGUGAACUCACACUGUAUUAAGCAAAUCGUUGAAGGUGUUCGACCGAAGCUCCUUAAUGAGAUGCUAACACAGUCUGGUGCAAAUGUCAAGAGUGACCUGGGAGCUCACUCUUUACAGGUGCAGCCCCCAAAAAAGAGAGUAUUCAGUCGGCUCUUUUUGCAGUCAGUCUGUGGCUCUGCUUAUCUGUGGUAUUGUCAGGGGUGAAAGUAAGAUAAGGUACUUACAAGUACUGUACCCAUAGACUUUGUACAAGAAGAGCACACCCAAGUUUAACGAGGUGCCGACAGUAUCAUCAUCUGCUGCAUCUCUCUUUCUCUUGAACAUAAAAUCAAAUUUUCUCUGCAUUUUGUUUUAUUUCUGCUUUAAGAUUGAAGCAGCUGUUUUUUUAAAAGUUCCCUCCUUCCGCAAAAGCUCCUAGGCAACCGGCAUCCAAUCAAAAGUGCGCACUGAGCGCGGCCACUUCUGGUGUUUGUUUGUUUGCAGAAGCAAAUACGACUCACUCGCAAGCAGCAUGGUCCCGUUGGAUUACUACGGUUACACUGCAGAGUGCAGACUGACGUGCGCCAACACGGUAAGCUAAUGUAGCCUACAUACAUUGGAGGGGGCGAUGUUUGCGUACCGGCUGUAAACUGCUGUUUGUCUUCCUGGUACGGCUACCGCUGCAUACCGGCUUAAUUUCACCCCUGGGUAUUGUUGGUUCUGGUGUCUCUCAACUUUAUCUUGAUGAUAAAUUCAGAGAUUCUUAAUGGGCAGGUUUGUUUUCAAAGUAAUAUCACAGUCAGCAAACCAGUUUCUGGUAGUUUUGGUGCUGUGGGAAGACUCCUACUGGAAAAGGAAAUCUGUAUCUGUGCUCUAAAGUCUCCUGGUAGACUACAGGCUGCAUGGAUUCUGGAUUUGAUUGUGGAAACUUCAUGCUGGACAUCAAGCACCUUGGAUUCUGUGCCUCUGCGGUUGUUGGUUUCAAAAUAAGAUGCAAAACUCACAUUCAUCUGAAAAUAGACUUUUGGACUGUGUGAGACCCUUGAUGCUCUGACUCCAGCCUUAGUCCACUCCUUGUGAAGCUUCUCCAAGUUGUUGAAUAUGUUGUUUUUUGGCAAUCCUCUCACGGCUGUGAUCAUCCCUGUUGCUUGGUCACCCUAUCCUAACGCACUUUUCCAUUUACUCAGAGUGCGGAUUUUUCAUUUUCAUUAGUGAUAAGCUGUCGUCAUCAAUCAAGACAUCUUUAAAUAUUUCACUUUUUAGAUGUAGAAUUUAUGGAAGUUUUGGAGCUGCACCUUUGCAUAUUAAAUCAGGACAUUGACUGUUGCAGCAAAAGAAUACAACCUCCAUAAGAUGUCUAAGACACAAUUAUCAACUCCACAUUAACAAAAAACAGAAAUGUAGAUGCUUCAUAAAAGCAGAACUGUGGUGGAGCUCUUCAGAGUCGUGUUGGGUUGCAUGACAGCUGAUAAUACAUAUAUAUAUAUAUAUAUAUAUAUAGGUGUUUCCAUGGUGCUUUUAGAUAGUUUCCAUACAUGCACAAAGUAAAAAAAAAAAUAGCUUGAGGAAUCAGGGCACUGCUCUGCUUUGAGGACACAAUAGGUCAAACAACAUUUCAACAUGCCAAAAAAUUAUCCAAUUCAGCCAGAAGCAGCUGAGCAGCCCCCGCGUUCACCUGCACACCACAUGAACAGCAACACAAGACUGAGCAGAAAAUAGGCCCGACUUCAAAAUCAGUUGUGCAACUCAAAAGCCAGGUCAGUAGUUUUUUCAUCAGUAUGCAUGGUGUAUACCCUGCCUUAUUGCUGGAUGCAUUAAGCACAACAAGCAGCAGUCUGUAUUAUCAUCCAUCAGCAUGUCAGGGAUCAAUAAGGAUGAUUUAAACUAAUCACAGGUUGUAGGAAAAGUUCAUACAUGAUAGCCCAUCACAUGACCUUUUUGUGUAACAGAACUGAUGCUCGAUCCUGCAAAUCUUAUUUUAACAACAUGGGCAAAAAAUUUCACAUGAAAAAUGUUACCCUCUGCAUACCAUGUCCUCCAAGGAACAGGAGACAGUUUGUCAAGCCGUUCUUUCAUGUAGCAUGUGACAGAGCACGUCAUUAACAUGUGCAAAGUUCUGAGUCUCCAACUUUUAAUUGGAGGAAAAAAAGGAGAACUUUUAUAAAACAAGAGAGAAAGUCACCAGACAAUUUAGGUGUCAGCUGAUAUACAAAAUGCUCCCAAAAUAACUGACUCGUCACCGGAAUUUCACUGGGUCAUACUCCUUUUCCUCUUCCUCCGGAGGCAGCCCUGUAUUUGCACUGUUAAUUAAAGCCACCAGCUUUUCCUCACAUAUUUCAACCAGCCAAAGUCUCAUUAAAGGAGGGGAAAAGCAACUACGCCAUGCUACACUCUCACUGGCUGUGUCGUCCGAGGGCUGGCAUGCAUGCUUUGUCGACAUGCCUUAGUUAUAUUUAGCUUUUAUCAAUACUACUAUGGAUCUGCUCAUCACGAGUGCAAUUAAUACGCUGGCUUCACUGCCUCUGUGACCAAGGCGGCUGGUCAGUGUAACACUGUAGGACUAUUAGCAGCCUUAGAUGACUGUGCAGGUACCACAUAUCAUCAGAUCUUAAAGGUAAAACCCCUGACCUUAGCAUGUGGGUUUUUUCCCCAAUAAAGAGUAGUUAUAUUCAGGUUCAGCAGGGUUUACCUGGGGCUUAUUUUGUUGCGCAGGCGGGGUGUGUCAGGAACAAUCAGGAACAGAGACACAACGUGUGUGCACCUGGAUCCAUUUCUAUGUAUGUGUGUGUUUUAUGGGUUUGUAAUGGAAAAGCAGCCACAGAUGGUUACAUGUGUGCAUGUAUGUGUGUGUGUGUGUGUGUGUGUGUGUGUGUGUGUGUGUGUGUGUGUGUGUGUGUGUGUGUGUGUGUGUGUGUGUGUGUGUGUGUGUGUGUGUGUGUGCAGUAUUCAGCCUCACAAGAGACAAGUCUGGUUGUUAGGUUAGAGCUUCCCUACGAUCUAAUGAGGUCGAUGGAGGCUUGUUACCAGCCUCCUCUCUCCUCUGUUUGCAGUAGGCUGGUGCUUUCCCAUUUUUUCUCCUAAGGUUUGACUUGAGUGGGUAAUAGCUGAAAUCACCAUUACAAUAACCUUUACAUCUCACCAAUAACCCCAGUGCAGAGGUUGAAUUCAUAGCCCAGGUGCUUUUCUCUCUGCGCAUGUUACAUCACCGGCUUUUAUCUUGCUCUUUAUGCCCCUCUCUCUUCAUCUAAAUGUGACUCGUCUUGAUGCUGCUUCUGAUGGUCUCCAUUUUUCCUUUUUUUUUCUACCUUUUUCUGACAGCACCUUUGUAGUAAGAAGUCCCAUGUCAGGGUUAAAAUUUGCACUCUGGACACCAUUUCCAGGGAAACAGGUUAUUGAAUAUGUCAAUCAAAUAAAUGACUGAGUGGUCUCUGUUGUGCUUUUUCCCAUCAAGUCAGGAAACAGCACUGAAUUUAAAAAAACUCCUUCUAUUAAUAUGUUCUGUUUGCUGUUGAAGUAAGCUAUCUAAAAAAAACUUUAGCCAUUAACCUGCAGAUCUUUAGGUGCUUUAUUAAGAUUUGUCUUAGCCCUACAGAAGAAAAUGCUGUUUAUCUUCAAUGUUGUUUUAACAAACCGUAGAAAUAAUUCAUUUUUUUAUUAUAUUCCAUAAUCUUUUCAAUUUAACUAUCUACUGUCUUCUUCAGCAACAAAAUCAAAUGCACCUUUGUUCACAAAGGCUCCACAAAGAAAGGGGCCAUAAUUGCAAUGCCAUGAUAAUGACACAGUAAUUGCUACCCUGAAAGAGCAGGUUUAUUUUCAGCACAGUAAAAGUCAUAGCAGCGACCACCUACACAGCCAGUGUGUAGAAAGAGACUUGAUAAUCGCUAUAACUUGCCCUUGUGCUCAUUUGGCAACAAAGCUGGGGCUAUUUUUGUAGAAAGAGGAAUACAGGAAAUAGACAUUGACUUUAAUGGGAACCUGGCAUCUAAGAGGCUGGUCUGGAUAGAAAACCAAUUAAGAUGAAGGCUAUUGCAGGGCGGGAACAAGCGCUUUGACAAGUAUUGGCAGGGUGGUAUCAGCUUGAGGUUUCCCACCUUUUUUUGUUUUAAAUUAGGGAUUAGUGAGGGAUUAAAUGCUGCAAAACUGGAGAGGAAAAACUAAUCACCUCUGGAAAGACAAUUGUCCAGUUACUACCCAAAGAGGAAACAUGGGCAAAAGAGGGCAAAAAAAACACUAAAAAGGAUGUAUUGUAAUCAGAAUCUCAAAGCUUCAAUGCAGCUUGAGUUGUUGAUUUGUCUGGGCUUAUUUUCAGAUAAGCAAUGCAGUUUUUCGCCUGGUGUAAUACUCUGACGCCUGCAUGGUUGCCUCAUGUUUAGAUGACAUUAGUGCUCAAUGAGGAAAAAGGCCUGAUAAUCAGUUUCUCCUCCGUCGGAUACAAAUUACAGACAUCAUUUAAGAUUCAGUUGGAGAUUUAACUGCAUUUACAAAACAUUGUCUGUAAUGGAAGCCAUAUAAUAGCAGCUAAUUUAGGAAUAGCAUUAUUAAUGUCUAGUUGAGGGAGGCCAGAUUUAAGCCUUCAAAUUAUACUAUUACUGGUUUUUUGAUUGAGAUAAUACUAGGGUGCAAAAAUACGGUUACAGGGGAAAUAAUAAGAGUGGUUUUUGUAUUAGAAAUUGAAAAAAAAAGGAAUCAAACUUUAAUUUUUUUUUCAAUGAGGAGAUACUUCAAAAUUGUGAGAACAGGGAAAUUACUUUCACUCUCACGUUAUUCUACCUUGAUAUUAAAGUGUGUGCCAGUAUAAAAAGAUUAUUAUAACUUUGAGAGCUGAAUUCUUCAAAAGGAGCAGCUGGUGAUAUUUAAAAAAAAAAAAAAAGAAAAUCUCUGUCAAUGCUUUUACGUGUGUUCGUAGCCGUUACUGAAAUUAAAGCAGCUUCGAAUAGCAUGUCUUUAUCUGAUGAGAACAUAAAGGAGCAAAAUCCUACAUGGAGGACACGUUACAAGAGACGGGACUCUCACUUGUGUUUCUUAUCUUUUUCUGCUGGUCAGAGGAGGCCACGCAGCUCUCUAGUCAGAAGAGAAAAGACUUGUCAGUACAGUGGCAAACCAGACUGGCCAGAUAAUGCCUUCUGCUUUCAUAGAUCAGUCCUGAGGUCACCUGGGAAUAGGCGGAUACGGUUGGAUGCAAGACCGAGGGAUUGUGGGAAGAAAGUAAGGUCAGGCUAUUUAAGGAUUAUAUCCAGGACAGGUCAGCUGCUCACAGAACCGAGGUCAACCAUUUGGCUCAAGUAUUGUUUAACCUAUUUCAAGAUGAGCAAAGUGUACACUGCAGCUUCUUGCUUUGUGAUCAUUGAAUAAAAACCUGUAUAUGAACAGGAGAGUGUUUCUUUGCACAUGUUGUGAUUUUUUAAAUGACACGUCUCAUAAUACUCAUAAUAUCUGCAUUUUUUUCAAAUCAUAAUCAGGAAAGAAAUACAUCCGUGCAUGACAUUUAAUCAGCUUAAAGACUGCAGAUUGCCAAUUUCGGUGUCAUGAGUCUAUCAAUUCACUACAGCAUAAAUAUAAAAUAACAUGACCCUACUCUGCCUCCUUUGUCAAUGAAAAGCCCAUUAAAAGCCAGUGAAAGGUUUAAAGACCCAUAUUUACAUAAUUGCGACUGGACACAGUAUUUAUGAAGCAUCAUCAUUUGCGAGCAAAUUAAAGCAACUGACAAUAUUCAGCAUAAAAAUGUUUUUAAAAUGUUUAAUUCAUCAUAUUUAUGUUGACUUUCACUCUGGUUCUGGUCUCUGCUUGCCUCGGAUAUACUACUUUGGAUCAAGUACCUCAGCGCUAGACACAUCCAUAAAACUGAUCAAUGUUUUCACCCAGAACAGAGUGAGACAGCAAAGAAACAUAUCUCUAAAAACAUUAGACAGAGUAAGUGCUGGCCAUUAUGUAUGCUAUGCGUUUUGUCUUAAAGGUCAUCAUUUUUAUUGCCUACCCUUAGUGGACUUUCCAAACCACUAUGUUGAUUCAUUUUGCAGUAUUGAUGGCCGGACGAUAAAAAACCAAAAGAGUUAGGUGUUACAGCUUCUUCGGACAGUUUAUCUGGAGGAACGAUUAUCUUAGCUCGUGGCCCAGACUCCCCUUUUUUUAUGGCUGCACAUUUCACAGGUCAGUAGUUUUAAAUAUUCUCUGAAGUUUAAGCACAGAAAGUGGUUUUGGGAAACUUUGCUAUAGUGAAUCAACUAAAGAGUGUGGGCUUUAAAGAGACUAUCCAUCGCAGCCUUUCCAUUUGUAAGUGAAUGAGAUAUGUUGGACUUGAUAAAGUUAGACGGUUUUAGCACCUGUCUUGAUUUUGUGAUCCCUCACUGAUAUGUAUAUUAGACAUUGUCUAUGGUAAACUAGUAGUGAUGUAUAAUAGGACCCCGACAGGUUUGAUUCUGAUUGAUCAGUGGUAAUUCAGUCCAAAUGGUGCCAGGGCCAAUCAGGUAACACAGUCACAGCAUAUUUUACUUCCACCUUGGACACUGGAUCACUAAUGUAAUAGCCUGGUAAUAGGUGGGAUCUUCUAGAAAACGGGAUUAUGGGAAUUCAAAUACCUUGACUUUCACGUCAGGGUCCUGUUCACUCUAUUUGCAUUACCAUUAUCCCUGUGUGUGUUUCAUAAAUGUUGUGUAAACAUACAGUAUGUCAGUCCAACAUAAGCUUUAUUUGAAACAUCCUUCUCCCGAGUCAAUUCCCAAAGUAGUCGUUGCUUUAUUGUGUAAUGACUGUGAGCUUCAUUUGCAAAUUCAACCAGGCGUUGACGUUUUUUAUUAUUUAUUUAACAGCUGAAUUUUGAACAUCUAUCUGUACUUUGCAUCAUUUGUUUUUGCUAAUUAAACCACAGAGUCCUGCAUAUGCCAAACUGAUGCAACAGUGUGAUCCCGCUGCGUUAUUCACAGACCAAGCGCUCAUGUUUGAUGAGUAGGUGGUGAGACAGUGUUUUAACAACAAGACUACCAAAGGUCAGAGGAGUGGAUAGAACUGAUGGCAGCACACAUUAAAUAAGUAAUGUAACUGUAUUCACAUCCUUUCAGUGACAUGUUUCUCAUUCAUUUCACAAUUUGUUUACACGGCUACAGGGUUUAUUUACUGGGACUCAAGGCUGGGCUCCUUUAGUUUCUAACUGUGAUUGCCGGCCUAAUUGUAAAAUCAAAGUCCUAGUUAAAUUGUGGUCACUGUAGGUAUCUAAUUAUGUCUCAGGGAUUUUCUAAAUCAACGGCUAAUUGACCACUGUUGAUAUGUACUCUCCAAACAACACACAGCCGCUUCUGAGCUGAGAGGACAAUAGCGGAUUGCAAAACUGCUGACAGGUGUCUGGCACAGCUUACGGCGGCCCCGAAGAACCCAAAACAAUAGACACAAAUUUUCAAAGAGUCACAUUUUCAAAGAGGCUGAGAGAAUGAUAGCCAAACACUAGAGCGCUUCAAACGACCAGACACCAUAAUGGACGACAGAAAAAAAUAUGUGCUGUGACAAUGUUUGCCUGUUUGUAGCCUUGUCUUCUUUUGUUUUACAUUUUUAAUUUGGGCAUAUUUGGACAACAGAGUGAGAGGUGUGUUGUCAAAGCAGGAAACCCCUGCAGCAGACAAAUAAUUACAGAGAAAGUGAUAUUAAUUUGCUAUACUGUUAAAGGCUUGCAGUUACAGAGAGGCUAAUUUGUGCUCUGGUGAGUCAGUCUUCUAUCUCGUCAAGCUUUAUUAUUUCUGAAAGGAGGAAUACAUUAAUUAUUUGUUGAUUUGUCCAUCAAUUAACACACUUUCUAUAAUAAACCCAGGUGUUGUAGUGUUGUGUCAUUCGCAAAUGAUUCGUUCAAAAGAACCAAAUCUUUUAAGUGAACAUAUUUAACCGAAUCACUUCCUCGAGUGAUUUGUUCCUUUCUCACAUUAUUUGAGCUGAAGUGAGAAACAGAAUUACCAGGCCAGCAGCCGGCGAAUGAGGGACCACAUGCACAAAAUUACCACCACUGCUUAAUUGCCACAACAACUUGCAUACAAUAGGACACAGCAUGUAACAAGUAGUGCAUUAAACCUGCAGCAUCCUAUCAUUGCAGCCGUUUGCGAGGGAACAGUGCAUGUUCAAUGUGAAUUCUUCUAAACGUUCAGUGAACGAAUCACUCACUGACCCUAAUUUACCGAGCAGACCUGAUAAAUAGCAUACCAUAGGACGGUACACUUAAAACAUCAUGACUUAUAAACAAGUUUGCCAAAGCAACACAGCCAACACUCUCAUCUCCCAGUCCCAGAAGCUCUGAAUUGAACUGAAUCCUGAACCGUUCAGCUGUGUAUCAGUUCAGGAGGUCGGAGUGGCAGGCUUCUCCUGCUAAAUGAUUUGGAGAUUUGGUGAACGAAUCUUUUGAGCGAAUCUUUUUCGUGAACCGAUUCUAGUGAUUCAGUAUAUCUAAAAGAACUGCCGUGCCCAUCACUAAGGUGUUGAAUCAUGUCAAUGUACUAAUGGUGGUUACCUUUCCUGUGUUUCAUUCCACAUGAAUAAGUUAUUUAGCCUUGGCAUUUUUCCUUUUGUCUGUCUCUCAUCCUGGUCUAUUACACACUGACUCACCUAGCUCUGAAAUCAAACCCGUUAACCUAUUCAUUCAUUGGAUAGUUGGUAAAGGGGCAGAUUUACAACUACAAAUAUAUUCUCUUAAAUGAGAACCACAGCUACUGAAACUGUCAUUAUUGUCAUAUGAGUUUCACUUUUGUUCCCCUGGGUUUGUUAUCAUGUUGUUGGCCAAAUGCCAUGGACUUAUCUCUUCCGUUAAAUGACUCCAGACUGGGCAGGAAGCCAAUCCCUCAGACAUCCUCAGCCCAAGAAUUUUGAUUUCCUGGCCAGGUGUUUGUCGAAAAACCUACUGGGCACAGCUCUGCUUUACUUUUAAAUACUUGCCCAAGGAUAUAACCGAUAUCUCGUGAGUCUUGACUAUAAUCCUUACCUAAACUUGCCUCCUCUCAUUUGAUAAAUCUAGAGGGAAGAGAAAGGCAAAUCUCUGACUGAAGGGAGGCAUCAGUUUUAUUCAGGGCAACAGAACCUGAUCAUUCCAGCACAUGGCACUCAGACAGCCACAUUCAUUACUUAUUGAAGAGAUUGGAGAUUUUACAUCUGACCUUCUUACUUUAGAGAGAGAUUUCAAUCCUUGUUUAUGUCAACCAGUAAGGGUCCUCCAACAUCAAACACUGCUACACUAAAAUCUAUAGGACAAAAUCAGCAAAGAAAGGACAGUUAUAGGCUUUCUUCAUAGAGGUGUUAAAAAAAAGCACAAUCCUGUCAUGUAAUGUGAAACCACACGCUGGGAUGCCAAUAUCACACUUUUCUGGGGUCAGUCUCAGAGCACAAGGGUGAGCCUGAUUCAAGGUGCUGUUGAGGGCUAUUUUUAGACCAAAUCUUGUGUGGUUAAAGUCUAAAUGAAAAGUAAGAAAGCUUUCUGUUACUCUCCGUAAUACUUUAAAAACAUGUAAUACUUUAAUACUUUAAAUACAUUAAACUGAUCAUAUGAGUUAUAUGGAGUACCUCAGGGUUCUAUUCUUGGUCCUCUGGUCCUUUCCUUUAUAUUUCACACAUUUCUGUCUUAGACAUCCAAGAAAAGAUCUCAUGCUACAAUUUUUUAAAUAAAAUGACAUGGUUGCCUAAGUUUUCCCUUUGUCAUCAUAAAAAGAACCUGAUUUGUACAUUUGCAUAAUUCAGACAGUAUCAUUAUAAGUUUUGUUUCCAGAACUGUGAUUUGAAUAAGAACAUCUGACCAUGAAAAAAAUUUACAUUUUGGCUUAAUGUUAUUUUCUUUCCACCCAUAUAUAAUUAGACUUCUGCUCGUGGGGAUUCACUAUAUAAUGAAUGGUUUUCAGCAUUCACAGAUGUUAAUUUUAAGAUUUUGUUCAAGUUUAUCCCCUGUGAAUAAUGAUACUGCAAACUUCUUUAAAAAAAUCAUUGCCUCUCUCUCAGCCAGUGCUUGUUUUUUGUCCCCAAAGCUCAUAACCAUCUAAGCUUCUCUCACUCUAACUUCUCCUCUACUUGGCCUCUCUUUUCCCUCUGGCUUCUCUAUGCUGGACCGGCGGCUGUUAUGGGACUCUCUCUCUCUCUCUCUCUCUCUCUCUCCAUCUCUCCCCCUGGCUGUCAGUGUCUACCUCCAGAUGUUUUGGGGUCUGGAUCUUUUGCCUGUCUCUUUCUCUCUCUCUGUCUCUCCUGUCUGUCUCCUGGUUGUUGUGUGCUUGAACUUUUGUGGGUUUGCCUCAAAUGUCAUCUUGCAAGUCUUUAUCGACCCUAUUACAUUUUCUUGUCAUUAUGACUCCAUACUGUCUGGACUGUUUAUUUACAUUUCUGUGUAGAAUUAAGUCUUUUCUUUACCUCAGAAUUAUGAAGCCCAUUUAGGCAAAUUAGACUGUCUGAUUGGACUAGUAGUAUUAAGAAUUUGUAGGGCAAGAAUAAGGGAAUUAUCAUACUAUGAUUAUGAAACUUCAAGUGAGUAUUUAACUAUUCAUAAUUCAAUCCUUACUCCAAGCCAUGUGACAGUCGAGCUAAGCCUCUUUUGGCUCUUUUCUUUAAUCCUCCUUCAUGAUUCAAAAAGGAGACACAACAGUAAGCACUGAAUCAAGCAGCAGGAGGGUGUUUUAAAAAAUUAAACAUCCUCCACAAUCGAUUGGGUGGUUUGCUUUGAAAAGAUGCCAGAGCAAACUCCUCUGUUGUUUUUCAGUAAUUGCUUACUGGUUAUAAGUCAGUGGAGGUACAACAGUCCUAAUACACCAACCACAAAGUUUAUUUUAUCCAUUUUUAACAUUUUGGAUGUUGACUUUAGUAAAGAUUAUUUGAAAUUUUAGAUGUUGGUUAUGAUUAAGAUAAGUUAGUUGAUAAGUAUGGCAAAUUCUCAAACCAGUACAACAUUUAAGACACUAUUCAAUGCUUGAAUCAAUUAGUAAUUGAGGGCUUCAAUACUGCCAGUAGAGCCCUUUCCUCUGAUAAUCCAGUCAAAAACAGCAGAGGCCCAAGCACACUCCCUGGGGAACUGACUACUGGCAGAAGAAGAAGAAAAAUGUUAUGGCCAACUCAAAGCCAUUGACAAGACAUGCUGUGAAGCAGACAUAGAGCUGUCAUUAUUGUCAUAUGAGUUUCACUUUUGUUCCCCUGGGUUUGUUAUCAUGUUGUUGGCCAAAUGCCAUGGACUUAUCUCUUCCGUUAAAUGACUCCAGACUGGGCAGGAAGCCAAUCCCUCAGACAUCCUCAGCCCAAGAAUUUUGAUUUCCUGGCCAGGUGUUUGUCGAAAAACCUACUGGGCACAGCUCUGCUUUACUUUUAAAUACUUGCCCAAGGAUAUAACCGAUAUCUCGUGAGUCUUGACUAUAAUCCUUACCUAAACUUGCCUCCUCUCAUUUGAUAAAUCUAGAGGGAAGAGAAAGGCAAAUCUCUGACUGAAGGGAGGCAUCAGUUUUAUUCAGGGCAACAGAACCUGAUCAUUCCAGCACAUGGCACUCAGACAGCCACAUUCAUUACUUAUUGAAGAGAUUGGAGAUUUUACAUCUGACCUUCUUACUUUAGAGAGAGAUUUCAAUCCUUGUUUAUGUCAACCAGUAAGGGUCCUCCAACAUCAAACACUGCUACACUAAAAUCUAUAGGACAAAAUCAGCAAAGAAAGGACAGUUAUAGGCUUUCUUCAUAGAGGUGUUAAAAAAAAGCACAAUCCUGUCAUGUAAUGUGAAACCACACGCUGGGAUGCCAAUAUCACACUUUUCUGGGGUCAGUCUCAGAGCACAAGGGUGAGCCUGAUUCAAGGUGCUGUUGAGGGCUAUUUUUAGACCAAAUCUUGUGUGGUUAAAGUCUAAAUGAAAAGUAAGAAAGCUUUCUGUUACUCUCCGUAAUACUUUAAAAACAUGUAAUACUUUAAUACUUUAAAUACAUUAAACUGAUCAUAUGAGUUAUAUGGAGUACCUCAGGGUUCUAUUCUUGGUCCUCUGGUCCUUUCCUUUAUAUUUCACACAUUUCUGUCUUAGACAUCCAAGAAAAGAUCUCAUGCUACAAUUUUUUAAAUAAAAUGACAUGGUUGCCUAAGUUUUCCCUUUGUCAUCAUAAAAAGAACCUGAUUUGUACAUUUGCAUAAUUCAGACAGUAUCAUUAUAAGUUUUGUUUCCAGAACUGUGAUUUGAAUAAGAACAUCUGACCAUGAAAAAAAUUUACAUUUUGGCUUAAUGUUAUUUUCUUUCCACCCAUAUAUAAUUAGACUUCUGCUCGUGGGGAUUCACUAUAUAAUGAAUGGUUUUCAGCAUUCACAGAUGUUAAUUUUAAGAUUUUGUUCAAGUUUAUCCCCUGUGAAUAAUGAUACUGCAAACUUCUUUAAAAAAAUCAUUGCCUCUCUCUCAGCCAGUGCUUGUUUUUUUGUCCCCAAAGCUCAUAACCAUCUAAGCUUCUCUCACUCUAACUUCUCCUCUACUUGGCCUCUCUUUUCCCUCUGGCUUCUCUAUGCUGGACCGGCGGCUGUUAUGGGACUCUCUCUCUCUCUCCAUCUCUCCCCCUGGCUGUCAGUGUCUACCUCCAGAUGUUUUGGGGUCUGGAUCUUUUGCCUGUCUCUUUCUCUCUCUCUGUCUCUCCUGUCUGUCUCCUGGUUGUUGUGUGCUUGAACUUUUGUGGGUUUGCCUCAAAUGUCAUCUUGCAAGUCUUUAUCGACCCUAUUACAUUUUCUUGUCAUUAUGACUCCAUACUGUCUGGACUGUUUAUUUACAUUUCUGUGUAGAAUUAAGUCUUUUCUUUACCUCAGAAUUAUGAAGCCCAUUUAGGCAAAUUAGACUGUCUGAUUGGACUAGUAGUAUUAAGAAUUUGUAGGGCAAGAAUAAGGGAAUUAUCAUACUAUGAUUAUGAAACUUCAAGUGAGUAUUUAACUAUUCAUAAUUCAAUCCUUACUCCAAGCCAUGUGACAGUCGAGCUAAGCCUCUUUUGGCUCUUUUCUUUAAUCCUCCUUCAUGAUUCAAAAAGGAGACACAACAGUAAGCACUGAAUCAAGCAGCAGGAGGGUGUUUUAAAAAAUUAAACAUCCUCCACAAUCGAUUGGGUGGUUUGCUUUGAAAAGAUGCCAGAGCAAACUCCUCUGUUGUUUUUCAGUAAUUGCUUACUGGUUAUAAGUCAGUGGAGGUACAACAGUCCUAAUACACCAACCACAAAGUUUAUUUUAUCCAUUUUUAACAUUUUGGAUGUUGACUUUAGUAAAGAUUAUUUGAAAUUUUAGAUGUUGGUUAUGAUUAAGAUAAGUUAGUUGAUAAGUAUGGCAAAUUCUCAAACCAGUACAACAUUUAAGACACUAUUCAAUGCUUGAAUCAAUUAGUAAUUGAGGGCUUCAAUACUGCCAGUAGAGCCCUUUCCUCUGAUAAUCCAGUCAAAAACAGCAGAGGCCCAAGCACACUCCCUGGGGAACUGACUACUGGCAGAAGAAGAAGAAAAAUGUUAUGGCCAACUCAAAGCCAUUGACAAGACAUGCUGUGAAGCAGACAUAGAGCUCAUGCAAAGCUAACUGACUUCACCAAAAGAUGAGUUAAUCGACUAAUGGACAUUGUGAGGUGUGUAAGUUUGUCUGUGAAUGUGUGUGCAUGAGUAAGGCUGAUGGUUGUUGAAAAAGUAGGGAGGACCAGCAUUUUGCAAACCUUGCAAUCUAUUAUGGUUGAUGUAGAAGAGCAUAACAUUUGCAUUUACAAGUAUUUGGAAAGGGUACAAGUAAAGCACCACUUAAAAAGAUGAGGAAAAAGUAAAGAGAUGUAGUGGGACAGUUUUAUUUUCAAUGUACUAAUCUUGAUUUACAGACUUUGCAUUAGUGCAACCUUUGUCUUGGCACUUUCCUGUUUCACAAGGCAGUUGUUGUUUAUGACAGUACGCCUUUAAUUAUUGAUCUAAACUGAUUUUUGUUGAUGUCCCCUCUCAAGUCCAACUUCUUUCUGGCUUCUGGAGUCCUUAGGUUGAUGGUGAAUAAUGCUAACAUCCAGUCAAGAGAGUUGUUAAUCCUUUAUCGCUGAAUGCUAGGCCUUAAAAGUUGUCCAUUGUUCCAAGCAGCUGCAGCCAUCAGACGGUAGUUGAUGGAUGUCAGCUGCAGACAUGACACUCGAGAAAAUCAAAGUAUUGCCUUACUCAGAUUAAGUCCGGACAACUGGGGUGCAUGUCAACACCUUAGUCCAACUAUAAUCAGAGUUUAUAUCGGACACCCAGAUAAUGCGAUUGGAAUUCGAUUUUCUCUACCAUGUAAACAGCGUAGUUGGAGUAUGAUCGAUGGACACUGAUUGUGCGUGUGUGCCAUUUCCCCAUAUCUUCGGAACAAAAACACCAGAGAAGAGGAGUAACGUGCACCUCAUUUGCAGAAAAAGUAGCGUAUACAUCAUGUAUGACAAAAACAACGCUGCACGACGCUCCAUCUUCUUGCUCAAAAAUGCCCAGCAGCAGUUGUGGCCAUUUGACGUCUGGCACAGACCUGCUGUUGUUGUUGGGUCAACUGGAAACAGCGCCGCUGAAAAGACCCAUAUCACCCCUUAGUUUUUUUUGGGGGGGGACAUGUUCACAUCAAUAAUUCGAUUUUCUCAGCUGCAUGUAUACGCAGACAAGGAGAGAAGUCCGAUUUGGCGAAAAAGAUGAAUUAUGAGCUUAGUCUGAUUAAGCUGUGCAUGUAAACGCACCGAGUGACUUUUUUUCUUUUUUUGCAGUAUCAGUUCUUUGGCUCAGAUGUAGUAAUUUUCACAGACUUGUUGUCACGUAAGAAAGCAACCACAGUCGUGUGCCCUGAAAAACAAUCCUCUUAUAUCUCUCUGGUCUCAUAGUAGAGACUGUCAGUCAGUGUUAAUCACCUCGACGUGUCACACAUUUGCUUAAUCAGACACACGACCAAAUUAAAUGUACUGUGGGAUUUGCCAUGAGCGCAGGCCAGCUUUGCAAUCAAUUGGGUGAGGAAAUCAUUUAUGUAAAUUUGCACAAGCACUGUUAAUCAUACCGAGCAGCCCCAUGGGUCUGCUUGUCACAAAUAUUGGACUAUUGAAAUUUUUUUCUUUUACUGGGGACAGUUCUCAAAAGAUAAAAGACAGCUGUGCUUGAUCCCUCAGAGGGUGGGAAGCUGGUAAGGGAUUAGCACCAGAGCACCCUACUAAAAGAUAAGAGCCUGUGUAGAGGUAAGAUAGAUGGGCCAGAAUAGUGAAGUAUGACGCUAUCAUGGCAAAAACCAAAGGGGAAAAAGCACUGCCAUAUCACACUGCAUUUCAAAGGACAUAAACAAGUAACAAGCUUAUGGUAAAGGAUUCUGCAGGUCUCCGCUCUCUUUAAUAUUCCUCUCGGGGAACCCUGACUCGUUUAUGUUCAUUGGCCUUGACCCCUCGGAUGAGGACAUGAUUGUUGUUGUCAUUACCAUCAGAGCACAGGUCACAGAGGACAUCAUUUAAAGAUCAGGAGACGGUAAAGGCAACAGAAAGAGAGCAGAGGGUUGUUUUUUUUAUGCCAGCACACCAGCCAUCAGGCCAGCAGUGAAAACAGUCCCAAGCACUGUAAGUAAGGGUGUAGAGUGGACAAAUAAGAUUAGACAGCACAGGGCAUCUGCAGGGUACACACACACACACCAUGCACACACACACACACACACACACACACAUACACAUACACAUACACACACAGACUGAUAUGCCCCUGAGCAAUGCUCACUCAUCUUACCAGGAGUACUCCCUCAACACUCCUUUUCUUUUAUUCUCUCACAGCUUCUUUCCAAAUCCUGCUUCUUCCUGCAUGGAGGCUUUGCUCUGCCCUCCUCUGGUAACUUCUCUUAUUAAUUUAGCCGUCUGCUGGACUCAAAGACGCCAGAUGCCCAGUUUUUGGUGCUGAAGUGCUGCCCAGAUCAUGACACAAUAUGGGUUUAAAGCUGUGCCGUCCUCACAAAUCUAAAGUUUUACAACACGUCCCUUACAUAUUUCUGUUAUACGGCUUCGGUUUUAUGUGUAGUCACCAAGUUGCCAUUUCUGCAUGAUGGAAUAACAUGCAUUUAGCUUGGUUUGCCCUUUUUUAACAUUCACAGUCCUUGCUGGAACAAGUGUGCAAACCUUUGUGAAGGGGUAAGAUAAUCUAAUCAGUGCAGUGACAUUCAAAUGUACUGCAGGUUAAGAUGAACCCGACCCUAUUAAAGGAUUUACAAAUUGCUAAGAGAGUGUCCUUCGAAAGGAAACGUGUUCUGAAAAUGUCUGAGGUCUUGAAAAAAAUCAACAGUGAAUAUGAGAGCUUGGAAUAAAAACACUUCACGCUCUUGUAAAUUGUAAAAGGGCACAAAAGCAUCUCUUAAGAAUCUAGCCUUCAUGUGCCAACAGACUGAGAGAAUAAUACUGUGAGAAAAGUCAAAGCGCAACACUCAGCGAAGGAGCGCCACGUUAACCUGAAGGACGUGGCGGCAGUGUGUAAGGCAGAGAAGUCAGACAUGCAGACCUACAAUAAAAACACAUGACCUUUUUAUUUUGUCCAGCUAAAGACAUUUAAAACAUCUGCCUAAGGAGCUUGAAUGAAGCACUGUUAAGCAUGUCAGCUUUGAUAGAAGUACUAUGAAUGUCUGCAAGUGGAGUGAUAAAAACCAGGGAGAAAAGGCAAAAAAGUAUUGAAGGAAAUCGUCAAAUUAAAAUUAGUGAAUUCUUUAAGGUAUGACCAAAACUCAUGUAUCAUGUGCUCAUAUCUGCUUACUGUGUGAUUUUCAAGUAAAUGUAAGUGCUUAUAUUGUUCAUGUUUAACUGGGAUCUGGUAUUCUGACAGUAGAAGCUAAAGAUGAUAAAGCUGACUUUCUGAUGUGUCAACAAAGGCUGAAAGUGAAGAGGCUUUGUGAAAGUAUAUUUGUGGUAAAACUGUUGUAUUUGAUUGGAUAACAUUUCACUGGUGGUUAUAAUGUGGAGGCUCAUCACUAUUUUAGUGUAUUUCAGUUGUUCACAUCACAGCCCAAUCAAGAAAAAUCCAUUAAGUGGGAUAGUGACUCACAGCUCCCCUUUGACUUUGUGAGUGAAUGAUGUCAGCCAAUCAAAUUUCUGACUUGCCGGGAGUUAAUCCGACUGGUCUGGAGCAGCUGAUUGGGUCAUGAUUGGCUCUCUAAGUCCCCCUGUGCUCUCCUGGGCAAUUUACACACAGUUAAGCUGAAAUUAGGUCUGAAAAUCAAUAAACAACUUGAAAAUUGGGUCAGUGUGAACAAUGUGGCUAAAACAAGUCUGCUUAAGUCUUAAGUUUUGUUUUUGUAAGUUAUGAGAAAACGGGCGAAACUGUCCUUUCAUACAAACAGUGUUUACAUCAUUCCAUGUACAUCCUGUUGGCCUCUGGCAAAUACAUUUUGCCAACUGUUUUCAUACAUAACCUAUCAACCAAGAGACGCCCUAUGGACUGCUGACACAACCUAACAAUCUGUAGACUAAGCAUACAAAGAGUUGACGUUAACGUGGGAAUUUAGCCUCCUGGCCAGCAUGUCCCACCUGUCAAACAAGUCAGUUUUUCCCAUAGACGAUAUAUACUAUGGACAACUUGGUUCCACCUUCCGCCAGUACACAGAUUUGAAGCCAAAAAGCUCCCUGUAAUUCUACGUUAUUUCUCCAACAAACGUUGCACAGUAGCGUUGUAGGCACUCCACCACUUGCGCAGUAGAAUUGUACGCAUUCGUGAGCUACGCUAUCUUCAUACGCCCAUAGGCUGUAUCAAGUGUCAACCAUAGAAAACAUGAACCCCCCAAUAACUUUUAAAAACAGAGCUGCACAGAAAAAAGAGGACUUGAACACAAACCAGUCUUACAGUAACUACAUGUCCACAUCGCAAGCAGGGCGGAGAAAAAUUUAUAUUCUAUGAAAUAAAUUUCUGAAGUUUGUCCACAGCCUCAUAAGGAUGGCUGGAGGAGGCGGGAUUUAUGACCUAUACUGCAGCCUGUCACCAGAGGGCGCUGUUCUCGGAGUGGCUUCACCCAGCUAGGAGGCAGACACUGUCCAUUCUAUAUACAGUCUACAGCUUUUCCCUUUAACAAAACCCUCUAAUGCAAAAUUCACAACCUUAACGACUCCACAAGAAAGGGUCACAAAAAAUGACUCCCUGUACUUUGUGUCCAAAUAGAAGAAAAUAGCUAUUCAGACCAUUUGUCAUCCAUAAAUUCAGUUAUACUGUAAAAUAAGACAUUUUAACAUGAGUGUCAAUAGGGUCUACUUAACUUUUUGAGCCAGUCCUCAAGUGGACAGUUGUGGAAUUGCAAUUUUGAGCACAUUCACUUAAUUUUUUUAACAUCCCUAUUUUCCUCUGUAGGUGUCAUGAAUUUAGAUCUAAAUCUGACAUUUCAAUCAUCUACAAGAAGUACUUUGCCAAACACCACGAAAAAUAUCAAACACAGAAGUGUGCGGAGCAAGCUCACAUACAAUUUGCAUGUGCAAUUUAGAAGCGACACACAAGAGAAGUGAGUCUAGUGCACUGGCAUCUCCGAAGGUGGUGUGAAGUUGUCUUAAAUAACUCUCUUAAAGAGUCCCUGUGCAAAAACAUUUUUUGUUCAAUUGAAACAGUUUUUUUUUCUUGCAAAGCAAUCAGGAAAUCUUUACACCUCAUGCUGCUGUUUUUCUCAGCCAGACUUUUGCAGACAUGCUGCUAAAGGCAGAAGAUAACAUGACAGAUAACAGUCAUAACAACUCCAACAAGGUACAAAAAAAUAUAUAUGUAGACAGACAGCCAUCCAAAGAAACACUUACCAAGGUUAGAGAAUAAUUGCUAGUUUGAGGAAAUUAAAUUAGCCAUUUAAAAAAAAGGUAAGAUGUAGAUUGGGAUUUGAAAUAAAUUCCUGUCAGCGUGAGCAGACAGAUGCUGUGAAACCAAUUAAGAUGUGAGUGAUUGGGGAGCGGGGGUGUAAAUGGAACUGGGAAAUAUAAGGGUGACGUAAACGUUAACUUAACCAAGUAUAAGGGAGGUGCACAGCUAAGGGUUUUGUGUAAGAGGGUUUAUCUUCAUGUUUUUUUAUGCUUUCAUAGCAUCAAACUGGAAUUUAGAGAGCAGAAAUAAGUGUCAGAUCAAGUUUGUUACACUGGCGAAAACUGACAAGUGCUGUCUUUGCAACCAAAGACUGAAAACAGGCUUAAAACUGGGGCAUUGGUUUGGUUUAGUGGUUAAAGCCCUGUUCUGCAUGUCUUCCCCUGCUUUCGCCUUCCUACAUAUUCUGUCUCUUCAGCUGCUUUUUUUUUAAAAAGCCCCUCACUCCUAUCCAAGAAAAGCAGACUUCAAGUUAUACCCAGGAAAAUCUUGUUUAGAAACAUAAAACAUUUUAUUCAAGCCUAAAGCAUGUAAUCUUACAUUAACUGCACACACUGUCCUUCUUCUUUCUGCCUUUGUGUGUUACAUGAUGCAAACUGAAAAAUAUAUUUUUUUGUUUUUUCAAAGUCAAAUUGAUUCUUGUCAGUUCUAUUUUAUGUCAGCUACAAAUGAGGAUUUACACUCAUCAUUUUGAUGAAACAAAAGGCAUGUCUGAUAUCUGCUCAGAUGGUUUGGUAGCUCAGCCCAACACCAUUAAUUAGAGUUUUCAGUAACUCGUUGAUCUGUCUGUUGUGAAAGAAAGCUUCACUGUUCAUUUGCCCUUCAAUACUGACACAUCUGACACUUGAAAUAGCUAUGUAGUUCGUAUGUUGGUCUUUAAAACUGCACCAUACUUCUUGGAGAUAGCUUAUUCCAGCCCUGAAUGCCCGACUGUGACUGGAGAGCAAUAUUUUGUCAGUAUUUCCCAUUUUGUCUCCUGCUCCACAUGUACAGGAAGCAUGUAUGCACCCACAGGCACAACUCCAAUACCUGCCAACUGCACAUGGGAGUAAGACAAAUGUUUCCUGAACGCUAGACUAACCUUCUCCACCGCUCAUGAGUCGGUGGAGAUAAUGGGCCAAGAAAUGCAGCAAGAGCACUGGGAGAGGAAAAAGGAGGCUGCAGAAUCGAAACCUGAACAUUAACAAUAUAGUUGCCAAAUAUUUUUCAAAAUGUGUUUUGCAUGUUUUGUAAGGAAGGUAAUGACUUGAGAAUGCUUUUAGGAUUUUUUGAAAUGGCUCGCUAUGUGAAGCACAAUAUGGAUGCAGCUGUGUCUGUUUACAAAACCUUCAUCCUUCACCCCACCCAGACGAAAACAUGGUCUGUUCUCCAUCUCCCUUUUGUAGCGUGGGGAACAAAAAUGAAAACACGCAUCUGCAGAUGGAUAUUUUCAAAGGGUGUUUACUUGUGUUGUGCUACACCUCAUGAAAAGACUUUAAAGGAAAACUUUUUCUGCUUGGAGAAGUAAAUACAAGAUGUUGUUGAGAUUUCAGACUUCUGGUUUAUAGUUACAAACACAAGGCGGCUCGCCGGCAGCCACAGGAUGUAAUUGACUCUCUGCCAAACUUUAAAUAACCCACUUAGUCUUAAUUUUGCUCCAUAAAACCGUCUAAGAUGUUUAGGAUUGAAUCAAGUUUAAUGCGAUAGAUGUAUGGUAGACUACUUUUGCAUAAGUUUGUAUGCAUUACGACAUCUUUUUUGUGAUCCAUUUGCUGAUAUGUAAAUAUAAACUCAAAUAAUCCCAUGAAUGAAAAGUACAUUAAAUUGCUUUCCUCUUUGUGUUUUUCGCAGGGCGCACACCUGCCCUUUGUCACUCACAGCUAAUGGAUGUCUUUACCCAGUAUGCCUACAACGACAGUUUCUUUGACAAUGGGACAUUCAACGAAACAGACCAAGAGCAGAAGCAUCCGUACAACUACUAUGCCAUGCUACUCACCCUGCUCAUCUUUGUCAUCGUCUUCGGCAACGUGCUGGUGUGCAUGGCUGUGUCCAGAGAGAAGGCUCUGCAGACCACCACCAACUACCUGAUCGUCAGCCUGGCUGUUGCAGACCUCUUGGUGGCCACACUGGUCAUGCCCUGGGUAGUCUAUUUAGAGGUAAGAUAUUCUCAAUAAAUGCACGUUAAAGGUGGGGUAUGCAGGAUUCCAUUAAAGAAGCAUCUUUUUUUGUGGUGUAUUUACAAAAAAGCUUUUAAUAUCACUCAAUAGCUAUUGGUUAUUGAUGACAUUUGGUAAUAUAACAAUAUCACUGUGUUUUGUUAUGUCUGUGUAGUCAACAUUUAAAAAUUUUUGAGCAGCCCGCUCUUUCUGACUGUAAACAAAGCCAUUCUCCGCCUCCCCCAACCUGAUUGGUUGUGAGGCAGACGCUGCUUCUUUGUGCUGAUUGGUUGUGAGGCAGACGCUGGUCCCCCGUGUCGUUCACAAGCCCAAACAAAGUUAGCGUGCUACAUUAUCGAACAGUAGAAACCAACCAGAAAGUACAGAAAAUUGUCUGAAUCCUCCUUUGGCCAAGACUGCCAACACAAGCAAGAAAACGAAGUAAAAAACGGAGACUCUGGCGGAAUAACGGGUGCUUAAAAAUGAGGUAGACAAGACAAGAACCAAGAUGCCGGGUCAACAUCAGCAUAAUGUUAGCAUAAACAAUGGGUUGAAGUUAGCCAAGUGUCUGUAACACAAGUGUUUCUUGUCAAACGGGACCUGCUGCAUGUUGUAGCGCCGCUAAACUGUUUACCUCGGGUCCUGGACUAUGUUACUCUAUCCUAGUUGUAGAAGUCCUGCAAACAUUGUGUUUGCUCGUAGUCUGUUGGCAUCUACAGUAGCACCAAUGCUUUUUAUUUUCACAUUGACUGGGCUCCAUUUGUAAUUAUCUGAAGCAUUUAUCUGCAUUAUAUCUGAAUUUAAUUGUAACGAGACGAGCGAGCAGUAGCGUAUAUUUGUGGGCGGGGCUUGCUGGAGCAGAGAGGGAGGGGAGAGGAGGAGCUUUUACAUGUAAUUGGACUACUGCAAUAAAUCGAUUUUUUUUAAGUGCAUGUAAACCGAGGAAUAGAUCUACUGUGAGUGACGUGUUUUCCUGUUAAAAAGAAUCAGGAGGAAGUUUGUCAUCAGACAACACCGCUCACACAUAUUCAGGAUGAGUUCAGCUCAAUACAUGUGCCGGGCACUGUAGCCCCAGAAUGCCACAUUAAGUACUUAAGAUGACAAUACAAGCUACGUUUCCCUUCAAAACACAAUUUAGUUUGGCAGCAAGAGGCAAUACAAUGUCAAAGCAUAUCCUGCAUAUGACAAAACCUGGUGGCAGUAAAGUACAAGGGAAAAAAGAUUUAAGUCGAGGUAGCUGGCAGCAGUAAGCAGCAGGUCAGAGGCACAAGGUGAAACAGGGGUAAAGGCUUUAUUGUUCACAUCAGCAUUGUAAAUAUGAGCUCUGCAGGGCUUUAAGGCUUGUAAUGUAGCAACAGCAUGUAACAACAUCAAAAUGUCAGACCUGUCUAGUCAGUUAGAGGUCAGACAGCUAUGAAUAAUUCCUCCUGAUUCUAGAAAAAAUCUUUUUUGUAUUCACUGCUGGGUCGGAUAAUGUAGAUUUGUUUCUAUUGAAAAAGCGAUCAUGACACAUAAAGCCGUUCAACCAGUAGGGACUAGACUCAGGUCCAGCAUAAGCAUCAUCUCCAAUCUUCCAAAUCAAUUGUAAGCAGGAUGUGGGCUAUCUUUCAGAAAACUCUCUCUUCUCUAUUUCUCGACGGUUGCUCAUUUCUUCUGUAUCUCUUCUGGGGUCCUGAGGUUAUUUCUGACCAUCAGGCUUUAGAUCACGCUGUGUUGUAGAGAAAGACAAUCGAAGACUACAGGGACUCUUAUCCUUCAGAGUCUCUGAGUGAGUCAUGAUGAUUAUCACUCCGAUCAGAUUACAGAGAGUAAAUCCAUAGGGUGUCAUGGUCUCUGAUUGCCUUUAUGCAUGUGUGUUUGACAAUUAAGUACAAAGGUGGUAGGAAACGUGUCAUUUUGUAAUUAGUCAACAAGUCAAGCUUUAUGGGAAACACACGUAUUUUAAAACACACAUGAAUUAGAAACACAAUCAGCUUUUGUUUUGCAGAUAAGCGCACAGGUGUAGUCAAUCUUGUAGUUUUGCCCAUCACUUACAGGAAGCCAAUGAGGGGAUCGCUCGUUUUAGUUCAUUAUUUGGCAGCUGCAUUAUAACCUUGCAGUAAACUAACCGAGGCACUUCAACAGUGAAAUAUAUAAAGGAGAGAAUAAAAGGUUAACACUUUAUAACUAUCCAUUAUAACUAGUUAAUAGAUCGUAUGUAAACUGUUAAUUAGUGAGUUAUUAGUGACUUGUUAAGUAUUUGUUAACAGAUUGUUAAGGAUUUAUAACAAUGCCUUAUAGAUAGUUAAUAUAUCAUUAAUAAACUGUUAGUAAAUGAGUUGUAAAUGUUAUAAAUUGUUAACUGUAUGUUAAUGCUUUAUAACUAUACCUUAUAAAUUAGUAAUAGAUCGUGAACAAGCUAUCAGUAAAAUACUAAUGACUUAUUAAGUAUCACUUAGGUUCUUGCUCAUAUUUAACUGUUCAGUUUUAACUAAAGUAAAUUCUCAUGUGUGGAGAAACCCUGAGGACAGCAGAACAUGAACCACUUUUUACAGCCAUAAAAAAUACAUCAAAAUGGAGGUAAAUAAGUCCCGCUUCUCAUAAAAGAGGCUUCUUCUUCUUCUUCUGGGCAAGUGAAACUUAGUACCAAUUAUUUUCAUAAGAGAUCUAUUUGAGCUUCCCUUAGUCUGAUCCCUUUCCCAGGACCUGUUUGCCAUGGGUGACCCUACCGGAGGCAUAAAGCCCCAAACAGCAUAGCUCUUGGGAUCAUUGGGAUGCGCAAAGGACCAGAUUAGUUAAAAAAGUUUUACAAGUAUAAGUCUGAGAAUCUUUGCAGUAGUCCUGAUUUUUGAUUAAAAGGGGCCAAAUGACUCAAUCUCUGUGGUGAAGAUAUUCAGUCCAAUUUAAAGUAUUCCAAAUUCUGAUGAAGAUAUCAACUCUUUGAUGGCAGGACAUAUUUAUAAACUGACUCAGCUGGUUUGAAUAAAAACAGGUCAAAGCAUCAUCAGCAUAACACAUAACAUGACGUGUUCCAGUCAUUGAUGGAUUUUAAGAAGGGCUAAAUGACGAAGGAGACAUGAUUGAUAUCCAUUUUCAAUGAAAACAGUUUCAAGACUGCACAGAAAUAUAUCAAAUGUAUUUAAUGCCAACCCAGAUGAAACAUUUAUGUUGUGAUGCUAUGAUCAGUGGAGCCAAAGGAGGGAUUCAAGUCAAAAAGAUCCAGAUAGCUACUCAUGGUUGGUACAUCAAAAUCAAAGGGACACACUGGAAGACACUGUUGAAUACAUUUUUACAAAUAAGGUCUAUUCCUUAGACAGACAAAUUUUGAUUUUAAAAUCCUAUACACCCUGUUCAUGAGUCUGUUUUUCACUUUUUAUGGUGACCAGUAGUGCCUGCUUGGGGGCAGAUUGAGAGCAGUUUUUGACAAGGGGUGUUCGCAAUACUCGAGAGUGAGGGACGACGGCAGCCAAGGAUUUUCUUUUUCCCUUCCCUUUGUUGAUGGCCUGUACAGCUUUUAUCAAAUACUGAGCAGCCAGCAUGCCACACUGUAAGUGUGCAGGUGUAGCUGUUCCUUUGACUCCAGCCAGUGUAUUGGUGAGCCACAAGAGAUUGUCUUGAGGGGCUUCCCAGGAAAUUGAAGCAGCAGAAUCUUCACUCUCAGUGGACUGGGGUGAGGAGUGCAGGGGUUUCUAGGAUUGCCUGGGCUUGGUACUCAGUUUCAGUGCACCACAUUAACAGCCUCUGGCCCUUUGGAUCAACCACAGUGAUGUCUUCUGCAAAUUCUAUGUUGUUAUUAGUGUCGCAUUUCCAGGCAUAAAAUAGGAACAGCGUCGGACUCAGCAUGCAGCACUGUGGGGAGCCGGUGUUGAGUGUGUAGCUGUGUUUGAGAGUUUGUGGGCAGUUUGUGAUAAAAUCUUUGAUUUAUGUGUAGUUGGAGUCAGUUUUGAUCAAUAAGCAGCAUCAUAUCUCUUUAUAUGUUCCAGGGGGUUGAGUGCCAUGUGUACAGGUCCACAUCCUAAUCCAGUGUUGAAUUCAGUGUUGAAAUCUAUGUUAAUAUUAGCAGGAUCAGCUGUUUCAAGGUUGGGUUGGUAAAACGAGAAUGUUCUCAUGAUGUGUUCAAAUGUCCAGAAAAAGGAAACAUGUUUUAUGUUGAAAAAUCUGUAUGAAUGCACUUGUUUGAAGGAGAACGAUUGUAGGAAAGACUUGAUAGCGGACUUGAAUCAUUAAGAAGUCUUGAUAAUGGUAUCAGGAAUCGAUAAUAAUUAACAAUCUUCAUCCUUACCCGUGACUGGAUGUAAAGUUGUGGUAAAUUUGUCGUUUGUUAAAUUGGUAUUUUAUAUCUCAGCUUUGGCAAAGAAAGAGUUAAGGUCCUCUGCAGGAAAGGUAUCAGUGAUGGGAACUUGUGAUAUCUCUGCCCUCGUGACUUGUAGCAUGUUGCUCACUCUAACUUGCGUCACUCUCCUGAAGUGGUCUUGGUCUUUAUCUCGUCAGCCCUUUUGUCAUCUCUGAUGACUUCAGCUCUGGUAGUGAUGUCCAUUCUUGGCAUCCUAAGCUUUUAAGAUGCUGGUUUUCUGAUACAUCAAAAACCUAGAUGCAUUUGUUCAUGAUUACAUUAUUGUAACCUGUUCGGAUUAUGGAUACUUUUACCACUGAAGACAACAAAUUUAUUCCAAUUUUGAGUGUUUUGUCUGGAUCAUUUGUAUAAAUAACCACACUCUGUAAGUGUGCCCUUGCUGCAUACAAUCUGUAUUCUGUUUGUUUUUAUCGGAAUUAUCUGCUUGCUGUUGUUUGUGGGUAGCUGAGUACACACGGCGGGAGCUCACAUCAAAGCACCUGUGGUGGGAGUCGAAUCAUAAUCAGUCACAUAUCAAAGCUCCAUUUGUGGCGUAAAACUCUCUUGAUCCAACAAAGAAAGCCCGUCUCUGAUGGUGCUAACUGGUUUUAACUGCUCAGGUGUGUAUGUUUGACUGCUAUUUUUGUUUAGAGUAAAAUUAUGGAGUUUUUAAAGUGUGUUUUUGUUAACUCUGGUUGAAAAUGCAAACCCUGCAGAUCGACACAAGAAUGCUUUAAUUAUCCACUCUUGUUAUUCCUCUGAAGUCUUAAGCUCUUUUAUUAUCCUUUGGAGAAAAUCACAAUCAUUAUUCAGCAUUAUCUAUUUAAAUUAGGAUAGAAGCGAGCAUUUUUUAAACACAGCUUUUGUGACGCUUGAAUCGAUAAUGAACUGAUUUAUUGUUGCAGUUUCAUUAAGUUAUUGUGUCCUUCCUCCUUUGCUUGAUUCCCCCCUUCAAUUUAUCUCAUAAAAGUUUAAAAUAAGGAGUCCCCUUGUUUUAUUAUUUUGUCAAUAACUUGAAGCAACUUUGUAUUUCUUAUGUUUUGCUGCUUUGACAAUCCUUGAAAUCAUUUGAAGCUGGAUUUUCACAAAAAGGAUCAAUAAAUAUGGACCUAAAUUAUAGAUUUGUUCAAGUUACUCUUUAGUGGGUAAUUUUAGGCACAAGAUUAUUUCAGUAAUAUAUUAAUUCAUUUUGGUAAAGAACACAUUAAAUGUCAAAAAAUUGUUUGUAUCUCACUUCAGUGCCCGCAUGUGGACUCCUAUAUCCCAGCUGGUCCAUUUAAACAGUCUCAGAUAAAAGCUAACCCUCCAUCCUGCUUUCUCCCCUGAUCUGUUUUACCAACAUUUACUCUCUGCGCACUGAUAACAACUAUUUGACUGAAGCCUCCUGGGUAUUAUAUAUAAAUAAGAAGCUAAAAGCUGAGCGUGUGUCACAGUCAAAAUGCAUCCCUGGUGUGUGCUUGGAGUGGUACACCAAACUGAUUUUGGCGUUUUCUUCUUAGACUGACAGCUCAGCUGUUAAUGUAGAGAGGGAUAAACUGAGGCAGCAGCAGUCGGAGUGGUAUAAAUCCUUAUGAAUAAGAAAGUACGUGUGAGAAAUAGGAAUGAUGGUACCACUCAUCGCUUAUAUUUGUAUCUUCACAGUUCCUAUGAGGUUAAUCUGCUUGUUCAUAGAAAUCUCUACAUUUAGGGGAAUAUUUUAAAAGGUAGGAUAACGUAUAUCUUGUUCUCUAAAAUAAUUACAACCAUGACAGCUUUGUUGGGGAGGUUUUUUGAUUUAUUCAUUUCACCUUCUGCAGGACAAGCUUCUUCCAUCAGAGGCAUAGUCUAAAACUAUGUGCAGCAUCAGAGAAGCACUUUUAAACCAAGAUCAGACUGUAUUUUGUCAUGUGUUAUGUGACAGUGCUGUGCUAUCUUGUUUGUUGUAUUCUUUGUUUAUGUUCAUACUUUCAGUGACUACAUUUUCUGUGUCAAACUGCGGCUGCUGAUAAUGUAUCACUGUGAACUACAAUAAGAGCUUAGUCACAGAGUGUGGGCAGGCCAUCCAGUUUGCCCUUUCCUAUUAAAUGCUGGAUUAGCAUCAAUUAGCACAGCUUUUCGCUUUCUGCCAUGUGUGACUAAUUUAGGCAGCAUAUGGAGGGGAAAUUACCCAGGUCUCCAGGUCUAGAGUUGUUUAAAAUUACAAUGAAUAAAAAGGCAGAGUCUUUUUUGUGAGGGUAUUUGAAUUUUAUGCCUGAUCUCACCUUUGGACAGGCAACAGUAAAGGUUAAUAAACCACACAGACCCCCCAUGGACAACACACAUAAAGCCAGUCAACCCUCGCAAACAGAAUUUAAGUAAUUAAAACACAAGAGAAGCAUCUGCACAGCACAUUAACAGUUUUACCUGGUGUGGUCCUCAUUCAGCCCUUUCAUGCACUUAUUGCAGCAAGUUGCAAGGUCAACAGGGAAAAACUUAAGAGUAGGAACAUCACAUAAAAGAUACCAAGCACUAAACUACUUCGCAUUUCACGAUAAGCAUAACUUAACUGGUCUAAAACAUUUAAACUGUGACCCUGACUGUACUUUCUGGAAGUCUAAGGGUAGAGCUUAGCGUCUAGUUAACAAUGAAAACCACUCACAAGAUGAUUUUGAAUAUAAAGCAGCAGCAGUUGAACAAAUCUAUCAAGUUGGAGAUGAUAAAUAUGCAAAAUCAGGUUACAAGAUAAAGCAAUCAAGUUUGCAAGCCUAGAUGUGAAAAGUUUAUUUCGACUUUGAAUCUAGUUUGUGAAAAUACAUGUCCAGUGCUGGGUAGGACUUUCAAAUGAAAUUAUACGAUCAGGAAUGAUCAAUAUGCAGCUGCAGGUUAGAGUUUUAAAAUAGUGGCAGUAAUGUUAAGUCCCAUUUAAACUUGAAAUAGAGUUGGUAAAUAUUUUAAAUGUUUAAAUAUUUGCUCCCAUCCCAAACUGCACACUCACUGACUCAUAGACUUUGAGUCGUGGUCUUUCCCACUGUCACAUCAUUAUAAAAACCACAAAAGCUCUGACUUUACAAAACCAGCACUUUCAAUAUACAGGUGCAGCUCAAAAAUAGGAAAAGAUGAUCACAGCUUCAAGCUCGUAAAAUCAAAAAUUUACUAUCUCCAAAUUAAAUAAGGAAGCAGAUACAUAAUAAAUAAGAAUAUGCCAUCUGCAUAUGCAUAUGCACACUGGGAAGUGCGAGUUAAAUUUGAGUGGGUAGAGAAAGUGUGCAUAUCCUGCAGUCAUCAUUUCACAGCAAGUAUCCUUUUUUAGCGUUUGUUUUAAUUUCAUGAGACACAGGGCUGUAAAAAGCCAACAGGAUCUGUUACGCCUUGUGAGGGUUUUAAAAUCCGUUGUUAUGGCGCUGAUUAGGAUGUAAAAAGGGCCGUGUGCUGGUGGAGCUGGUGUAGAAUAAAAAGGAGCUAGGAACUGAGGAGAGGAAAGGACACAGAUGAAGAGGACAGCGAGAGAGAAAAAGAGGAAAAAUGUCAGGAGCAAAAGGUUGGAAAAUGUAGGUAAAAAGCAGCAUGAAAGGAGAAGAAGUCAGGGGAGAGAAACGCACCCAUUAGGCUGUCAGAUCCUUCUGCAAUCACUGCUAGUGAUGCAGACAGCAGCAACAACAUACGGCUCCUUAAAGUGGCGCUUAAUUUUAUGAAGACGAGGCCUGGAGGCAAAGAUUAAUCAUCCACUGAGAGGUAAGAGUUUACCCCCCACCCAUCACCCAUCACCCCUCCCUGCCUGAAACGCACACAUCUCCUUUGCCCUGUUGCGAGACGUGGGAGGAAGCAGGUGGGAUGUAGUGUCAGGCAUGGUGGGUGACAUGUCAGACAAUCACUGGUGAUGUUCGGUUCAUGAUGGGAUCAGAGCAUGUAACAGGCAGCAAAGGGGGGAUGAAUACAAAUUGCUUUCGAUCAGGGCUUUGAUUAGAGACCACCUGAGGCUGCAGACAUGGACGAAUAAAAAAGGAUGAUUAUCUCACCUGAUUUACGCUAAUCUUUAGUGACCGAUAUAGUCUUUUGACAGGAGCUAAGAUGUCAGUGAUAACCAAUCUUCAUUCUUCUGUAUUUACACCAAUUUUCCUGAAAUAACUCGGUAAAACAGAUUCUUUAGGUAUCUGACAGUCGUCUAUCACCUUUUAGACACCUCACACCUCUUCAGUCAGUUUUCUAUCACACCCUGUUUACAACUCAGAGCUCACUCCUCCACAGCGGUUGUUCAGUUUUUCACUUUCUUUCCUUUUGAUGUCAAAUCGAGGGAAUUAAUAUGAAGCAUACACAGAGACUUGACUUUUUAGGAUUGCCUUUUGUUGCAGGAGAAAAAGUAUCAUUUGUGCUGCGGCUUUGCUCUGCUGACUGUUUCUUGUAAUCUGCCAUUGUGUUGAUGUUUUCUUUCUUCCAGGUAGUGGGAGAGUGGCGUUUUAGCAAGAUCCACUGUGACAUCUUUGUCACUCUGGAUGUGAUGAUGUGCACGGCCAGCAUCCUCAAUCUCUGCGCCAUCAGCAUCGAUCGGUGAGUUUGUCUCCGCAAAGAUUGUUUAGCCUUGCCUCCUGUGCUUCCUGCAUUGAUUUUCAGUGGAAAUCUUUACCCUUUUGAAUAACAAAGGAGAACGGCUGCCUUUGCUGAUUAUCAGAGCCCAUAUGUUUGUAUACAGGUUAAAUGCCUCCCAACAACACACUUUUGGAUGUGAAUUUAAAUCUAAGUGCACGCCUGUUUCUAUUACUGGCGUCCAGAUGUUACAAGUGAAGCAAUGCGGACAAUGUGUUUAACAUGUCUUGGGAAGGUUUGAGUGGAAGGGUUUUUUAUUGUUGCACAUUUUAAGAACAAAUCCAUUUCAGAUCUGUCUCAGGUGGUGUUGCAGACAGACAUCACUAAGUACUUCAUUAUGGUUUUAUGAGUGAUCCUGUUAAAUGGUGAGUUUGAGCUGAAUGCACUGGUGGGUAUUAUGGUUGCAACAGCUGCUGAAACACGGCCAGAGUCCUCAUGAAUGUAUCAUCAUUCAGUUUUUAUCAGAGAACUUGUCUUUCAUUUUUUAUCGAGAUGGUACCCCAGAGAUUCUGGCUGGUCAAUCAAGCACAAUAAUACUACGGUUGGCAAACCAGUUUCUGGUAGUUUGGGUGCUAUAGGCAGGUGCCAGGUUCUGCUGGAAAAGGAAAUCUGUAUCUCCAUAAAGCUUUUCAGGGAAUGGGAGCAUGAAAUAACUUGGUAGACUUUAGGCUCUGGAUUUGAUAAAACACAGUGGACCAACAGCAGCAGGUGACACGGCUCCCUAAACUACCACUGACUGGAGAAACUUUUCUCUGGACUUUAAAGGGAUAUUCUGGGGUAAAAUUAAGUUAGGGUCAAACACACCGCAACACCAAGUUAGACACCCAGUCGAGAAAUGAAUGUUGCCGACUGCUUGCUUCUAUAGUUAUACCAACUUUAAUAAUGAUCGCAGACAGCAAUACAGAGAGCCAAGCACUCAACCAAAAUGCCACUCUAAAGCCACAAAUAAUGCUCAGAACAGCACCUUACUUCAUCAACAGUACAUAUAGGGUCCUAGCCAUAGUACUAGCGACCAAACAUCUUUUCAACUUUGCCUAAUUUCUUUAGCAAAGAGACUAAACACAACUCACCUACUCUCAUUAUUUGUGGCUAUAGAGUGGCUUCUUGGUUGAGCGCAUGGCUCUCUGUAUUGCUAUCUGCGGAUGUUACUAAAGUUGGUAUAACUAGAGAAGCAAGCGGUCGGCAACAUUCACCUCUCAAGGGGGUGUCUAACUUGGUGUUACGGUGUGUUUUACCCUAACUUAAUUUUACGCCCGAAUACCCCUAAGCACCUUGAAUUCAGUGCCUCUCUGAUUUUCCUCCAGGCUCUUGAUUUCCAAAUGAGAUGCAAAACUUAUUUUCAUCUAAAAACAGGACUUUGGACCACCUAGCAAUUUUCCAGUUCUAUUUCUUCUUAGCCCAGGUGAAACACCCAUGAUGUUCUCUGGUUCAGCUGUGUUCGAACAGUAAAAAAUAACACUAUUUCUGAAUCCCCCAAAAUCUUGAAUCUGCUUUGUUAGUACAUCCUUUCAAAGCUUUUUCAAUUAGCUGCUCUUUUCAGGACUGAAAUAACUGACAAGAAACUGGACUUUUCCACAAUAAUCUUAUGUUUUGAGAUAACGGAUUUUUGAUUUUUGGACUUUAAACCGUGAUAUUAAAAAAAACACAUCUAGAAAUUUCAAACAUUGUGUCUGUUAACUUUAGAAUUCAUGAAAUUUCCUUUAUUUUAUUUUCAUUUUUUAAAUGAACUUCUUACAGACACUCUACGUUAUGGAGCUGCACCUCUACAUGAUCAAACACUAGCUUAUAUACAUGCAGAGCACGAGCAACAAGAAUACAUUAUAAACCAUCUCUCCAACCCUUUGUAAUAUUUGUCCAAAAUUUGCCAACACUGCAGUUCUUUUUAUAUGCCUCAAACUCCUGGAAAGGUUUUUUGAACAGGAUUUCAAUCAAAGGAAAGCUUAGCGACAAAGAGGAGCUUGUCUUUUCAGAUCAUGUCAAGUCUGAGCUCUCAACAAAUCAAAGUGGGACCUGGGUUCACCCUAAAUAUGGCAAUCAGACAUGUUUGAGCUGUACAAAAGAUGUAACAACUCCCAUAUUUUUCUUUCAAGAAAUUCUAUCAAGUUUGAAUUUGCAUAAUUUUCUGCUCGGAUGCAUUUUGAAUCCAUAUGGGAAAUAAAUAGAGACGGUGACAUGUGGACACAUUUUGAACUCUUACCAGGGGUGACAAGAUUAGAAUGGAAAUGUCUCUCAGAAGUGGAGAAAACAUCAUUAGUCUCAGUGAUCUCAUUUGUCUUUGUUUUGUUUUUUCAAAUGAAUAUUGCGAGCGGAAGAGAAUGGGGUCUAAAUUAACAUUCAGAUGUCAUUUAUCUUACUUGAGUCUCCUUUUUGUUGACUUGAAAAAACAAAGCGCUGAAAUAAGAAGUGGGACAGAAUCAGGGACUACUUCGCCUGGUGAUUUAUUUCAGGGUCCAGGCUGAUUUGUGAAGGUUCGGAUAAGUCCUCUUUAUUUUUAAAAGCAUCAAAAGGUUGCGUCUGCUCAAUUCAGCAAAUUGGAAACACAAAGGGAAGAUUACGAAAAACUCUGAUUUGUGUAUUUGUGUACACAGAUUCUUAAUUGUAGCGACAAUAGGAGAGCGAAAUAGGUUGGUUUGUUAUUAAGUUGUUGUUUAAAGACAAGCACGUUAAAAGCAUUUGGAGUUAUUGUGUUCCCCAACAAUGGCCACUUAAUCAGCAAUUCACAUCCUCUUCAUAGCAGAAGGCUAAUGGGCCUCAGAAAUGGAGUUUGUGUGGGAGGUGAUAUGAAUACACACAUGCCAAUAAGCAGAACUCUCAAAGAGUCGCCAAAAAAAAAAGACUGUUUUUAAGAUGAAUCACAACACACUUCCUUAUGUCCCAGGGGCAUCAUGAAGUGCAAUAAAACGCUUUAUAAGAUAAUUAUACCAGAGCAGUUUAGUUUGUACUUUAGAGACACAUAAUGAUGCAAAGUAUCUUUGGGUAAUUUUUGCAUCUUGUCAUCAUUUCUCUUUUCACGCAAUUGCACUGAUGCUCAACUUUCUUUUGCAAUUCAGUUAGCCUGAUGUAUCUCUGCUUUAAGGAGUGUCAGAUUUAUUUCCUGUGGUUUAAAGCCAAUAGCUCUGUACAAACCCGCCUUUAAAUCUGGUUUUAAAAAAUAAUGGUUUGCUAAAGCUGGUGAGCAUAUCAUUACAUUCUAAUGAGAGACUAUAUGCCAUUUUUUAUGAUCACACAGUUAGCUGUGGCUACAGGGGUUUAUUAUCUUAGAAAGAAAGGUCAGUCUUAAAGUGUACAUCAAACACAGCAAAGAUACCACUUUAAAUCCCAUUAUGAUGAACGACAUUGCAUACAGUCCUAAAAGUAACACAAGGAAGUUUUGUUAUUAACGCAUUAACGGUUACAUUCAGUGUCACACACAUAACCUGAAAAAUAUCUCUAAUGCCUCACUUCCUCAGAAAACAUUCACACUGCAGACUAAAAGCACACUGUCUUGUUCGUCUCACAGCGUUUUCUGCUGCCAUUGUUUAGAAGUUGCGUAAUUGUAGCGUUGGUCAAGAGUAAGAGUUACCUGAAGCUACAGUUUUAAUCCAAAUAGAGAUCUGGUAAAUAGCUCUGUCUCUCCUUUGUAUUUUCUGAAUCUCUUCUUUGUCACUUGGAGUGCAGUUUAUUUUGAGUUACUGAACUGUGAUGGAGGAGCAUGUGGAAAAACCACAUUGAUCCUGCUUCCUAUGAAAAUUGUGUUCCGACACUUUUUUUUGGCUCAGAACAGCAGAAACAGCAGGUCGUACUCUAGUUUGAUAGACCCAAAGCAGACUGAGAAAUGGAUUAAAAAUUAGACAAAGGCUUUCAGAUAUUGAGGAGUUCGUGAGAAGACUGAAAUCCUACAAGGCAGGGGAGAAAAUAAAGUAAAAUGCAUGAAGUGCUACAAUGAGAACAUCCCAACUAAAAACAAGGGUGAAGAGGAAAAGAGUGAACUGAAAACAAUACAGGUUGGGCCUGCAAUCAGAAAGGCGGGAAAACGCACAGAAGCAGGAAGUAAAUGCAACUAAUGAGGGGAGGUUAAAUGUCAAAGUGGGACAUGGAAAAUAUGAACUAUAGCCUGGCUCCAGGCCGAAGUCUACACAACUAAAUCAAACCAAUUCAAUGCAAUAAACAGAAAAAGCAAGCUCACCCAAUACCAUUAUAGCAAGGUUAAGCAACACAGUCUUUCCUAAGGGAAACCUGAAGAAAAACGUCAAUUCCCUCGCUCACUUACUCGAGAUACCCCAGUUAAGAGCAAAUCUCUGUUUCCAAACCCCCAUCCUGCCAUCGGAUUUAAGAUAAUGAUCAUCAGUUUGUUGUAUUAUCUCGUAUUUUGUUGGCUACUCAAAAUGUUCUCGCCAUAACUGACAACAAGGUGAGAACAAAACUCUAUCUGUUUCUAGCCAAAAAGAAAGCCUAUUGUUGGAUCUUGAGGGGUUUCGUACUUGUCAUUGUGUUGUACAGUCAAAGGUUGGCUGUUGUACCCUUGACAAAGAGAGCUUAAUUGUACCCUGGUGGCUUGUAUCUCCAAGAAACCAAUCGAGUGUCUCUGUAUUGACGGUAACAACUAAAAAUCGACCGUAAACCGAGAAAGAUUGAAACUGACUUCAAAUUUAAUUGAAAAGCCAGUUUUUUCAACCAAUCCAGCUGAGUCCAGAAGAAAGAAAAAGCUUGAGAUGCUCCCAUAACCAGUGAUUGUUGGCUCUUUAAAAGUACGUUUUCUCUGUCUUUUAAAUCAUCUCUAGCAGUCAGGAGUGGGAACAGAGUAGCAAGAGGUUGUGGAUUUCACGGUCUUCUUGUAUCUGAAAGAACACUAUUGUUUUGCCAGAUUGCAGCUGAUUGAAAGAGAGUUUUGAAUUCAUUUUUUGGAGUUACUCAAAAUUCAAUAUCAACUUGAAACUUUUUCAUUUUUUACUCAGGUACUUAGAAAACACGAGCUACUACUUGGCUUGAAAUUGCUCAUAAAGAAGUUUUUAAAUCCAGCAUUAAGAUUUGUUUUCCACUUAACUUUUUCAAGGUUUUGGCUGAUUCCACUUCAAGGGUGUGAGCUGCACUCUAAAGCUGAUCUCUCCCCACUCAAGUCAAGCUUGUGUUCCUGCAGGAACUGUGGCGUACCCACUCACAGUAGAAGUCCAAAAAUUGAGAGACAAUAUCCGGUGAUGGGCAGAUAAAUAUUGGAAAGGCAAAGCAAAGUAUUAAUAGUGUGUUGCUCGCUCUAAACUCCCGAGCUAUCUUGGGAGGUUCUCGCAAGUCCAGCCGAUUCAAGCUGCGUUACACCUCAGGAACAGUUUCAGCGGGGUAUGGAGCCAUCAGACAAAGCAAGACUGUGGCAAGUCAGCUGUACUUGUUACUGAGUCAUACAAUCGCACCCUUUUAAGCUCUGAAAAGGUACAAAAAGUCACCUUGAGGUCCAACUAUUAGCCCUAGAAGAACCAUUUUACUAAAACUUCUUCAGUAUGGACAGAAAUGAACCUCUUCCAUUCACUUAUUCCUGACAGUUUAUGAGAAACAUUUUCACUUCAAAUUGUCAUCCUUUCUAGAUGUCAAGAGAAAGUGUCAUGCUCUCAUACCUUCAAACUAAAGUGACUGUUUUUCCUUCACCCUCCACAGUUACACGGCAGUUGCAAUGCCGAUGUUGUACAACACUCGCUACAGCUCCAGGAGACGAGUCACAGUAAUGAUCUCGGUGGUGUGGGUGCUGUCUUUUGCCAUAUCAUGUCCGCUGUUGUUUGGCCUGAAUAACACAGGUAAGACCGAGCAUGUGUAACAAAUCUGCUCUUUUGUUUUGCGUCAGAGAUGUCUGACAUAUUGUGUGACUCGAUUCAUAAAGCAGUAGUGCUGCUCUACUGUUUUAUUCAUGGGUACUUUCACUGUAAAGUACAGCAUACAUUGUGGAAAGCCCUGGCUGAGUGAGCCAUAGCACUCUAGGAUGUGCCUUUCUCAGAAGGAGGAUUAAAGUCGAGGGAGGUUUCGAUUAGAGAUUUUUCAGCUUGUUGCUGACCUGCUCUUGUGGCCUCCUUUAACUUUGAAGCCCACUUAUCCCUUUGAGUGCCUUGAACUGAUAUCAGUUCUGACGGGACUCAGACAGUUGUAUUUGUGAGCCACACGAAUGCUUUCAAGUGAGCGGUGGCAGCGGUGCAGGGCCGGCGUAAGCACAGGGGAAGCAUAAAGCUGGAGCAGCUGAAACUGGAGCUUUGGAGAUUUGUUUUUUAGCAACUCAGCUCAUUUUAAACAUCUUACCAUUAUUUUUCAGCCAUAGAUAGAAGUUUAAACUGUGAGUGUAGAGGCAGACAUGCUGUUUAUGUAAGUCAUAGAUCAUAACAGCCUCAGCUUUGUGUACUUGGAUGAAAACACCUAGUUAGUGCUUCACAGUUCAUCUCUCCUCUCAAACAUGCACACACAUCAUGGUUCUGGGUUCAGCAUGAGGACAGGGGAUCAAAAUUAAAGGGGUAUUUCAACAUUACCAUGCACCAUGCAUAGAUUCGGCCAGCUUGAAAGAGGUCAGAGAACGAUUACAGAGAGAAAUUGUAUUAAAUGAAACAGCAGGAGACGAAAUCUCCUGGCUUAUGGAUGAAGUGAAAGAACUUAAUUAAACAUUUCCUACUAAUCUAACUGGCUUUCAAAGGAAAUCAGUGAAACCUAUAAUUAGAAAACAGCAAGUUCAGAUAGUCAAAAGUUGGAGUGAUCUGUGAAACACAAAAGCCAACAUCCUGAACUGGCUCUUUGAGCUUGGUGGUGUAAAUAAGAAAUAUUGAAAAGGGUAGGUUGAAUUUGGUUGAGGUGUCAUGUUCGAAGAGUGACCUUCAAGUCGCGGGAGUGCAGAGAUGGUCACAGUUUCAGAUAAAUUAAAGAGACUGACAUAAAAACUGUGUUCCCAGCAGCAAGUUCAAACACGAGACCUUACUCCCUUCUUUGCUUACCUCAACAGCCACUCGUGACGAGAGCCUCUGUGUGAUCGCAAACCCGGCCUUUGUGGUGUACUCCUCCAUCGUGUCCUUCUACGUCCCCUUCAUCAUCACUCUGCUGGUUUAUGUGCAGAUUUAUGUGGUCCUGAGGAAGCGCAGGAAACGCGUCAACACCAAACCGAAACAGCGCGUCUGUCAGCCUGCUGACCCUGAUGCGGCCACUUCUCUGAAGGUGAGCUGUAACAGAAAUAUGGAUGCCGUUUACAACAAUGUAAACUGAGAUUGAUUUACACUUUCGCUAAAGUAAUGCCCCGUUGUGGAAAGAUGAGUUUUAAACCGUUGUGAGAAAAAAAUAACUUCAGAGUAGCAGACAUCUCCUGGCCUUGGAGCAGACGAGUGUCUUUAUGAAACAGCAAUCAAUAAUUUUAACUCAACUCGAUUUUAUGCAGUGGUUCUAUGGACAGGCAUUGUAUUACGCAACAACAUACCAUAAAAGGAAAAAACAGGGACAAGGAGAGGAUUGAUUUUCUUUGCAAAACAAUGGAAAGCGGGGAUUUAAAAGGAAAGCGGAGCUAGACUAAAUCACUUCCUCUCUCUUGAAUGUCGGGGAAAUGUUUGGUUUUAAUAAAGAGAGCAGUUCUAAUCUAAUCAUUACAAUUACUGGCACGUUUAGUGUCGAAGGCCGUCACACAGCUUUAACAACUAUGGCCCCCAAAUGACCUUAUGCUAUUCUGGUUAUUGAUUUUCCUGACAGUGAAACUCAAUGGGCCCCGCACAGGAAGCCAAGUAAUGCUUUUGAUCCAGUGUACUACAUCUCUCAUGUUGGAGCACGGCUUUGCUAAACUGUGUCUGUAUGUGUGUAUGUUUGAGAGAGAGCGAGAGAGAGAGAGUAAAUGAGGUCAGGGGUAACAUUCAUAAGAAAAAAAACACUGAAGCUUAAAGGGAAUACAGGCCAUGAAUUACUCAAGGGUGUAAUGAUCUGUGAAAUGGCUACAUAUCACAGCAGAGAGUAGAGGGAGAGUCAUUUGAAUAAAGAUUCACUUAUGUUGAUGAGAUUAUGUCAUCAUGGUGAAAUAAUCUCAAAUUUUCACGCUGUCACAUUAAUGAAGAUGCAGCUCAGGAUAGCAUCGCAGGUCAGAUUAGAGCUCCAAGAAGACUCAUUUGACCCCCGAGGGAACUGUACUUAGAUCACUCUUUUUGCUUUGCUUUGACACUGUACCUUCUCUUUUACUGACAGAGCUGUCUUUCAUUUCAGGAUAAGUGCACUCACCCAGAGGAUGUGAGGCUGUGCACCAUGAUUGUUAAAUCUAAUGGCAGUUUCCCUGUCAACAAGAAGAAAGUGGUGCGUGUCGCAGUUUGUUAUGUUUUACUUUUUCUUGCUUAAAUACCAUAAUUGUUAGACUAUUUCUUACAUUUUCUAAGUGAAAUAGCUUUAAUGGGACCUUUCUGCGUCUCUGAGCAUGGUAAACUUCAAUUAAAGCCCGAAGUGUGGUCAUCUUUCUUCUUUUUCAUGACUAUUAUUUCAAAUGUCAGCUAUUGUGCACUGAUGAAAAAUGACCGUCCUAUUCCGUGUUUCUGCUGCUGUUCAUCUUGACCCUGCUCAGAUAUUCAUCAAAGAUGGAGUCCAGGAGGGGGAAGAUCUGGAGCUGGAUGAGCUGAACAGCAGCUGCAGCAAGAAGCAGAAGCAACAGCCUCAGUGUGCUCUCGGAGACACUCCGGCCACCAGCCACCAGCUACUCAUGCCCAACAAAGCCAACGCCAGCCCCACCUCCACUCCCCCUACUCCUCCCACUCCGCCUGAGGAGAGCCAGAAAGCAGAAAAGAACGGAGAUCCCAGCAAAGAGGCCCUGGGAGAUCCGGCACCUGUUGUGAUGAAAGCUUUCCAGACUCAGGCGUUACCUAACGGCAAGACUCAGACAUCAGUGAGGAGCAUGAGUAAGAGGAAGAUCUCCCAGCAGAAGGAGAAGAAGGCCACACAGAUGUUAGCCAUUGUCCUUGGUAGGUUGAUUCACUUGGCACUAAAAUAUUUGAAAAAAUAAGAGUCACUUAGAUAAACGUAUCUAUUCACAUCAAAGGUGACAUCGAAGUUUUGACUUUUAGCUAAAUAGCUGUGAUUUUCCCUCAUCCAACCAGCUUAAAAGCAUGGUUGACGAUUGGAGGAACAGUUGGGGAAAAAAAACGAGCCGUUGAGGCAGAUUUGAAAAAAGCGUCCCAUCCCCCCACACACAAACUUCUCCCCUCUGUGCUCCACGAUAACUCCCCCCUGAACCUGUAUUGCCCUCCCCAUGACACACCCCCUCUGGCAGAGCAAGAAGCUGGCUGGCAGAAGAUCCAACGCUAGCUUCAAAUAGGAUUAACCAUGCCGGAUUGCUAGUGACUAGCGGCAGUAAACACCAGCUCUGCUAGCGAGCACCGCCUGCAGCUGCCUGAACAGCUACCGUGUUGACAUUGCAGAGACUAAUAAGAGUUAUUUAUGUAACACGUGCCACGAUAAAAGGUAAAAAUUACAUGUUCAAUAAAAACGUUGCUGUCUUAGCAUCUGUUUUCAGGCCUAAAUCCUAGCAGAGCUUUCUCCACCGCUUGAAGAAUGACCCGAUGUAUAUUCAAGUCAGAUUCCUCGCUUGGUCACAUUUCCUCUUCGUCUCUACCCUUUCUUCUGUCGGCUUGCGUUUUUUUAGCAUUUUUGGCGGCGGGGCAAUCAAAAGUGUUUUUUUUUUUUGCGUCCUUCUCCAUCACAGCUUUUGUUGCUAAGCUGCUACGCUACAUUUGGCCACUCAGAGCCUACAAGGAGCACUGGGAGAGUCGGAACUACGGGAGAGGGUGUGUCGAAUACAGCGAGUUGAUUGGAUUGAGAGCUGAAGCAGGAGAUUGACCAAUAGGAGCUGUCCGGGACUUAUGGCUCCCAUUGGUAGCCAGUUUUCUGCAGCCCUGCACCUGCUAGGGUGAACAGAUUUUUCCUUUUAUUUUUCUCUUCACUUUGAGGAGAUCGCACUAUAGGACCAUGAUCGCCAUAUAAACAAGGUUAAUAAUAAUUACCAAUCUCUCCAAUCGUCAGCCAUGCCUUUCAAACUGCUCACAGGAGCUUAACCAUAAAUUUAUCCUGUAUCAUAGGAUCUAAAACCAGUUUUUCAUUCACUCAAGUUCCCAGCUUUCCAAAGUUAGCAGCAGCCUAUGAAGUAUGUUUAUUUUUGUGUCAAAAUUUUGUGCUUGAGAGUCUAAACAGUCAAUGAUGUAACGAUGGGAAAUCCUCAAUAUUAAAGUGUUCAGCAAGAAACUCUUCUAACCUGCAUACUUUCUAAUAUAACUUUUUUCUCUUUUUAUAUGCCCCCAGGUGUAUUCAUCAUAUGCUGGCUGCCAUUUUUCAUUACGCACAUCCUCAACACCCACUGCACAAAAUGCAAGGUCCCUGCUGAGAUGUAUAACGCUUUCACUUGGCUGGGCUACGUGAAUAGUGCUGUAAACCCAAUCAUCUACACCACUUUCAAUGUGGAGUUCAGAAAGGCAUUCAUUAAGAUUUUGCACUGCUAAACGGCAUCAUCAUCAUCUAUCUGAUCAGACUGAGGGAGGAGUGAUGAAUUAAAGCAUCUCUUCGGGCAAAUACCUCAUCCUGUUUAAGGAAAAAAACAAAGCGCACCACAGGGGGAAGCAGCCAUCUGCUUUUUCAAGCUACGGAGCUGAGUGACUGGUACGUUGACAGUGUCUUAUUGGACGGCGUUUUGGCUCUUAAUGUGAAUCGUUUGUGGAGUAAGUGUUCUCCGAAUCACUGAAUGUAAACCAAGAAAUGUCUGUAACAUCGAGCUGUUCCAUGGAGAAAAGAGAAUAUUGUGACAUUGUUCUAUAAAAUCAUUGUGCUUGUCAUGUGAGGAGCCAUCUGUGUAUACAACACACAUACAAAAAUGCUAUUUAUUGUGUGUGUACUUUAUGUUUUUAUGAUGGACAUUUUCAGCAAAUCUAAUAGAUAUCAAGUCAGUGUUCAUUGCAGUGUUAAAACUGAUUCGUGAGCUCUUAAUCUGAAACCUAUCGAUGAUUGGAUUGUGUGUUAAAGAGAUGAUGCUGUAUUAAGUGGCUAUGCCAACAUCCACAUAUUUGCAAUUUUAUAAAUUGAAAAAUCCAUUAUUAUUAUUCUUAUAUUAUUAUUAUUAUUACUAUUAUUACUAUUAUUAUUAUUUGCUGUAAAUAGAUUUCUUAAAACAUUAACUGUGAUUAUAUGCCUGCAAUUGCAAUGUGAUGCAUGCUACACUGCUCCUCUUUCUGACUUUUCAUGAAGUGUAUGUUCAACAAAAAUUACAGAAAAUCUUCAAUAAAUUAAGUAAUAAGAAAUUGUAAAAUGCCACAGGAUUAUCAGUGUUCGCCAUGCGUAAAAAGAUACUCCCAUUGAUCUGUCAUUUUUGAGCAGCCUCCCUCUUUCUUUUUGCCCUGAUUUGCAGUCUGAGUAAUGUUGUGUACUGGGAGUUACUCUCUGCGGCGGAGUUGUUUCUCAGCAAACUAAUGACCUGUGUAUGGACUCUGCAGCUUCCAGGUAUAAUCAUGUGGAUAUGUGCAGCCCUUCAAGCAGCUCCCCGGGGUCUUUUGUAAGGAGGAAUGAGGCAAACUCUGCAAAACUGAAAUAACAGUUGGAGCAGUGCAUCCAUGUGUGAUUUUUCCUUUUCUGUUUCUCUUUCUUUUGGUCUUUUUUUAUUUUAUUUAUUUUGCAGGUGAAAGCACAACUUUGAGUUCAAUAAUAUGGACAAUAUUAUCAACAAAGAUAUUUUAAUGUUUUAAUGAAUAUCAGCCAUAGAGUACAAUAGAAAAAGUAAAAAUCAUUCGACUCUGUCAUUGUCAAGUCCUACAUUAAGUCUAGACAAGAAAAUAAAGGUUUUCAAAAAUAAAGAUGUUUUAUUUUAUGAC